GGGGGCUGGAGGGAAGGCAGCAGCUGGUGGCAGUUUGGCGUUUCAGGAGCUCUGGGGAAGGUCUCUGCCAGUUGGGAAACGGAGGUCUUGCUUGAAAGCAGAUGCGCGCCCGAGAUCUAGGACAUAUGGUUGCAAAACUAGCUGGCUGUUGCAUUUAUUUAUUUUUUGCUAGUUAUAGAUUGGCGAGUGUCUGACAUUUUCAGUUAUAUUAUUAUAUAGCUUCUAUUUUAUUCCUUUUCUAAAGGAGUAAGGCGCACAGAGGCAGGGGCGGCGUUGUUUUUUUCAGCCUUAUGGCACAAAUUUGUUUUCUGUGAUCGUUCCGAGGUGCUCCAAGAGUGCAUAUUUCUCUCCCCACUCCCGCUCUUGGUAUUGCUGAGGUCCGAAAUGGCCAUGGAUGGGCUGGAAAGCGGGGAGCAGAACCUGUUGCACUGGGACCGAAAGCUGAGCGAGUUGUCGGAACCGGUGGACUCUGAUGCCCUGCUCUACAGCACGGUGAGAACACGGUCAAACACUGGGACGGUGGUAGUGGUGGGAGGCAUGGGAAAAUGGGGCGGCACAAUGGAACUUUAUUCUGUUGGCUUGCUGAUGCAGUUAUCCACCCUGUAAGAAAAUAGGCACAGUGUGUGGUUUUUUAAAAAGUAACUUCGAGGUGGGGUUUACUCUUUGUGGGUGGAAGAAAAAGUUCUGGCUGGUGCACAUCUGGCUUCAGAAAGUCACCCUGCUAUUAGCAACCCCUUCCUGGGCUUUCAUUAUGUAGGAGGAGUCUCUUUUUUCUUGGAAAAAAAGUUAUGUUGAGCUCAUCUGGAAUUGGCAUCUCUUGCACUUUGUCUCUCCACCUCCCCUUUCAUGACUUAAGUUUUCCUCCCUCUGUUUUCAAAAAGGGCAUUCUGCUCUGUCUGCUCAUGGCUGUUAGAAUAAGUGCCAGGUGCUGUCUGCUGUAGGGCCAGUGAAGAGUUCUCAAAACAGCUUUAUGGUUUUUUAAAAAAUAGUGGAGAGCCUGGAGUUUGGAAUUUCAGCAGGGGGGGGGGGAAUUAGGAGCUGCUGGUGCAAGGAGGAAAUACCUGUACUUUGAAAGGUUAUCUGUGUUUCUUGAUGCAAAUCUAAUUACUGCCCACAAGGCCUGUUUGGACCAGCAUAUAUAUGUGUGUGUGUGGUUUAAGCGUGGGGAUUCCUAUUUCUUCAGAAGUGCUUGUUACGAAACUUUUGAUUGGACUCUUUCCUGUUUCUGCACAUUAAGAGGUUCCUAUUAAGAGCUGUCAGCAAGAAAAUAGCAGUCUUUCUGAGAACUGCAAUAACGUUCUCAUUCUUUGGGCAGCAUUCCAAGCUCUGAAACUUUUGCAGACCUGGUUUCUUGUGUUCCCUCUUCCCUGCCUGCUUUUAGUUUGCUGAAAGGAAGUAAAUGCCCACGUCUCCAAAGAAUAUUUAUGGUGGUUCUGCAGUGGUAGCCAUGAAAGCAAAUAAGAGAUAAUCAGUGCUUUGUGCCAGAUGUUGGAGGUUUUUCCUCUUGCUGGAAAGUGUGCACCAGCGACUUUAUCCAAACUCAGUCUCUGCACGUACAACUUUAUUCCCAGACUGCUGGAGAAAAAGGAGAUCUGUUUGAGCAAGCAAAGUUGGUGGUGUGUGUAUCUUUUUCUUUUACCAUCUCACUUUUAUUUUGAGAAUGCUUGGCACUUAAGGCAAGAAUGACUUGGAGCAUGCGCAAAGUUCCUCCCCACUGUAAAAAAUCGAGUUUUUUCUUUUUUAGAAGGAAAACACAUCUGAGGAGAAAGCAUUUUGAAAUGUGCAGAAUGAUUUUUCCUCCUCAGGAAGAGAACCAACUUUUUGAAAAGUCAGAGGGAAAAGUGCUUCCACCCACUGUGAGGACAUAACGUUUUAAAAACAGACUCCAAGUUGGCACUGGCUGCACGCGCAAUUCAUAUUCACAUAUAUACUAAUGCAUUUCCACAUGGCAAAUGUCCUAUCCAUCCAGACUAGUGUGGUGUCUGAGAGAGCAACAAGUCUCCCUGCAUUUCACAAAGAGAAUUUCCCUAGCUCUCUGGCACACAACACCCCACCUCUCAAUAUCCUGGGGUGAGUGGUAUCCAAAAUAUUAGAGGAGGCUAAGUUUCCCUGGCCCUGAUUGUUUACACUUUAUUUCUGCUGGUGAAAAGAUCCUUGCUGACCCAAAGCAAGCAUACCCUUGUAUCGAGCCUAGGUAUUUCAACAGAAGAUGGUGCUUCAUCUUAGUUUUUGGCAUCAGAUGGUACACUUGCCAUUCAUAGGGUACUAGGAACGCACCCCGUGUGGUUGAUUUGGGACUGCAGAGUCUGGUUGCACUCUUCACACAGUUAGCGUUCCUGGCAACACUUGGCAAUGACAUGGGCACUCCCCAUUGCAAUUAAACCAAAGUACCUAAUAAGGGGUUCUAGAUGUGAUAGCCUCAGUGCAGCUCAGCAGUCAAGAGGCAAUUAAGUUCAGCCACUUUCUCUGCUUAUGGCAUUAAUUCUUGGAGCUCAGCAUGCCAGUCUCUGCUGUCCUAGACUGAACAUUUUAGAAGUGUGGCUAGCUCAAUGUGUGAUCUGUAAUGGAUAUAUGGAAAUUAAUUUCAGCUGGGCUUCAUCACAAGGUCGUUCUUUCAGUGCACCCAUGGCAGGUAUAUUUGCCAGGUGCUAGCGCAGGGUUUAUUAUAAUUAAUUAAUUAAUUAAUUAGUAAGUAAUUAAAUUUGUUACCCAUCCUUCCCUGGUUACCGUUUAAAAUCCAGAAUUAACGAUCUUACAGUUACAGGAAUAUGGUGGGUCCUGAAAACAUACAUCUGAGGUGUGUAAAGAGUUGAUUCUUUAGCAUGUCCUGAAAGAGGUACAGCGAUGGAGCCAUAUUCACCUCUGUGCUGAGGGUAGCCAUGGUGAUGUUCUCCAGAUGUUGUUGGACUGCAGCUUCCAUCAUCUUGUACCAUGGCUCACCUGCUGGGGCUGGUGGGCAUUGGGAAGCCAAUAACAACUAGGAGGGCUGGAUUUAAGUUUGAUGAGGCCCUAAGCUACUAAAGGUAAUGGGGCCCUUUAUAUGUCCAGCUGUCCUUUGUCAACAACAAAUUGUCGCUGUUUUUUGUGUUGAAUAUAUGCUAUGUGGUAAUUUACAGACCUAAUAGGUAUCUAAAGCCAUUUGCACAUAAUGCCAUGCAACCAGUCCAUGCAGAAUGUAGGCACCCUAUAUCUAGAAAUGAGCAAACCAGUGAUAUUUUAGGAAGCAGGCGAGCAGGUGGGGCCCAUUGCUUGCAUCAUAGGAGGCUACACAACACAAAACACUGUUGUUGUAUGUAGGUUUUAUUUUAUUUGUUUUUUUACCUUAUAUUUUGGCAACGUACAUCCAGAUUUCCCCCCUUUAAACUUUUUUGGGGGCCCGCAAGAGAGUGGGGCCCUAAGCUAUAGCUUGUUUAGCUUAUACGUAAAUCCAGCACUGAUGUUGGGGCACCUUGUGCUAGUGUGACCUAGAAUGGGGCCCAGGAUGAGACUAUGCAGAUAAGGGGCUGUCUUGGUUCCCAGCGGUUCCCAUUGAGUUCUGUGGGGUAAACUGGCUAUGAUUUGAGAUACUCUGGAGAGAAGUUGGGAAGGGAAUGAAGCUCACAUGUCCAGGGUAUGUUUAGUACGCAUCCCAUGCUAUCCCUUUACUUUCUCCCCACAUUCACGUCUGUUGAAAGGGAUUUAAAUACCAGCCUUCAGGGCAACAUUGCAGAGGAUGCAAAGCCUGCACGCCACCAUUCUUGACAUUGUUUUCCCUCCCCUGCAUGUCUCAUUCUGCCCUCCUGGCAGAAAUACAGCAUCUCAUUCCUGAGGAUACUCCUUUGUGGUCUUUCUAAGAGGGAAGCUCUCCCGGUGCACACACCUUGCCUAUCAAAAUGGCAGGGGUUUCCCCAAGUAAAGUAAUGAUGCAUUUGCAUCAUUGGUGGAAAACCUGCUUUGCUUGUAUAGCUUCAAAUAUUCAAUCAGUACGUUUUUGAGCACAAUUUAAAGUGUUGGUGCAGAUCUUUAAAGCCCUAAAUGGCCUCAGCCCAGUAUACCUGAAGGAGCAUCUCCACCCCCAUCGUUCGGCCUGGACACUGAGGUCCAGCACCGAGGGCCUUCUGGUGGUUCCCUCACUGCGGGAAGUGAGGUUGCAGGAAACCAGGCAGAGGGCCUUUUCGGUAGUGGUGCCUGCCCUGUGAACACCCUCCCAUCAGAUAUCAAGGAAAUAAACAACUACAGUGGUACCUCGGGUUAAGAACUUAAUUUGUUCUGGAGGUCUGUUCUUAACCUGAAAGUGUUCUUAACCUGAGGUACCACUUUAGCUAAUGGGGCCUCCCGCUGCCGCCGCUCCGCUGCUGCGCAAUUUCUGUUCUCAUCCUGAGGCAAAGUUCUUAACCCGAGGUACUAUUUCUGGGUUCACGGAGUCUGUAACCUGAAGCGUCUGUAACCUGUGGUACCACUGUAUCUGACGUUUGGAAGACAUCUGAAGGCAGCCCUCUUUAGGGAAGUUUUUAUUUUGUUUUUGUUUUGUUUUUGUUUGGCUGAUGUUUUCCCGUGUUUUUAAUAUUCUGUUGGCAACCGCCCAGAGUGGCUGGGGAAACCCAGCCAGAUGGGCAGGGUAUAAAUAAUAAAUUAUCAUCAUCAUCAUCAUAAGUGAUACCCUAAUUUAGGGAAAAUCCGGACACAAACAAAUGUUUUAGCUUUUUUAAAAAUAGAAAAUUCCCAAAGUGGUUGAGCUUGGGGUGGGGGUGGGGAUGGAGACUGCAGUUUUAUGUUGCCGAAGAUCCAGGAUGAAAAUUCCCCCCGGAUGCCACUUCCAACCUUGAAAUUCCAGACGUAUAGCAAACCUGCCGUAAUUAGAAGGAGCAGAUUAUGGGAAACACUUCUGCCUGAAUAGCUGGAGAGCUCUGCUGUGCAGUGUAGAUCAUUGUGGGGUUCUUGAAAUGAAAACAAAAAUCUAUUGCGGUUUUUAGAAUUUACCGUAUUUUUUGCACCAUAACACUCACUUUUUUCCUCCUAAAAAGUAAGGGGAAAUAUCUGUGCAUGUUAUGGAGGGAAUGCCUACGGGUGGCAUUCCUACGGAUUUUCCUCCUCUAAAAACUAUGUGUGUGUUAUGGUCGGGUGCGUGUUAUAGAGCGAAAAAUACGGUAUAUACCAACAGUCUGAGUCGGCUUCUGACUUCCUAACCCAGAGAUCAGACACAUUUUGCUAGCCCUGAUAAACUACCUGGUGUCCCCCCACCCUCUUUCCACUUUUCUUGAAAUACAUGGAAGCUGGUAAUUGUUUUCAGCCGUAUCUGAGAUAUGAGGUGGAAAAAUUUCCCAGCUCUGUACCCAGUGCACCACCUCUAGAUGGACUCCAACUCCCAUCAGCCCCAGCCAGCAUGGCCAGAAAUCAGGAAUGAUGGGAACUGGAGUUCAGCAUCUGGAGCGCACCAUGUUGGCUACACCAGGCUCUAGCGCAUCAGAAAUUUUUCCUGUAUGAAUUGCUCUGAUUUGCAUAGGAUUCUCCUCACCAAAGAAUAAACCACAACAGCGAGAUGAAUUAAAAUUCAUUGUCAGAUUCCAGUUUUGCUCGUUUCUAGUAGUAUCGUUGUCUUCUGUAUUGCAAUUCCUUGCAAUUAAUAUAAUUAUAAAACAUAAAACUGUCAGAUAUUAUUCUCUUCCUCUGUCACUCGAAGCUUCUUCUUUUACCUUGCAUAAUGUUAUUUUUGUGGAACGACUUGGAGGCAGGGGCGUGUUCUGUGGGGUCUUCAGCUUGUGAGUUGGCAAGGGCAUUAGCAGCAGGAAAUUCUACUAAACUCUGUUUUACUGAAGAACUGGUGCCUUCCAGCAUAAUAUUAAUCCACUGGAAUUCCCCUCCACAUUUUCAUUAGACUUUCAAAUGUUGGAAUGCAAACCCACAAAUGUUGGUUGUUUUUUUGUUUAACUCUUGCUAAAUAGUUUUAUCAUCCAUGACCCACACAGCUAGCCUGCUAGCAAUUUUGUCAUAUCCUGAGGUGCUAGGGUAGAUUGUUAACACUUUUAAAUGUCACAAACAAAAACUAAAAUUGUUUUUUUUUUAAACCAACAAAAUCCAAACAAGACCCUGAAUCUUAGCUUCACCUUAUUUCCCACUAUCAACUUCAUUUUGGCCACUGAAACUGCUGUUUCAGGAAUAAUAAUAAUAGAAUAUUAGAAUUGUUGGUAAAGAUCCCUGGACAGUUAAGUCCAGUCGAAUUUGACUAUGGGGUGCGGCGCUCAUCUCCGCUUUUAGGCUGGCAAUGGGACUCUGUGACGGAAGCCAGAGUGCACGGAAACGCCGUUGUAGAAUUGUAGAUUUGGAAGGAACUAUGAGGGUCAUUUAGCCCAACCCCCUGCAAUGCAGGAAUAUCAACUAGAUCAUAAUAAAAUCAUAGAAUUGCAGAGUUGGAAGAGCUCUUGGUUGCUAUUACAGUCAUACCUCAUGUUACAUUUGCUUUAGGUUGAGCAUUUUCAGGUUGCGUCCCGUGGCGACCUGGAAGUACCGGAAAGGGUUACUUCCGGGUUUCGCCGCUCGCGCGUGCGCAGACAUUGAUUGUGUUCCUUUCAGGUUGCAAACGGGUCUCUGGAACGGAUCCCGUUCGCAACCAGAGGUACCACUGUAUUGCAACAAACCAAUCUGGGUUCCUGUGUCUGGGGUCUGAACAUUGCAUAUGCACCACAACUCUGGCAAUUGGCUCAUGUGAAAUACUUUAAAACUCUGUCUUUAGCUGAUUCUCAAGUGCCAGAGAAUUCAGCAUUUCUCCUUGGUGAAUAGACACCUUGUUUUCUCCACAGCUGCACAUAUUUGUGAGCCCCUGGAAAGGUAAUCUGAAGAGCCUUUGCAAGUUGCUCUGAAUAGAGCCAGUCUUCUAAUUCCUCUUGACAGGUGAAUCAAAAGUGAAGAAAGAAAGUGAGGGGCAGCGUCGACAGAUAACCACAAAUCGGGCCUCUGCUGCUGACUCUGGUUUCCGAAUCAAACUUCGGAUAGGGAUGGAAGCAGUAUGAAACACCUGGUAUGAAGCACAGCUGCUUCAGCCAUUUCCAAAGACCCUGGCCUGAGUCCAGGUAAAAUUAGUCACUGCUGUGCCUCAUGGACGCCAGUGGAACAAAGCUAGUUGCAAUGACAAGAACUGAACAGUGCAAUCCUGUGCAUGUCUACUUAGAAGUAAUCCCCAUUGACUUCAGUGGGACUUCCCGAACACCCUAUCGACUGGCAAGUUCGAUAGAAUACUCACUCCUCCUUUUUAAAAAAUUGUGAUUAUGCAAAAGAAAUAAAGGAGCAGCUUGUCUUUCAACCCUGUUAUCUUUUACAAUGUUGAUCCUUUGAUGGACCACUUAGUUGGUCAACCAAUGUCAACAUAUUGGCAGGGAUGGAAAUGUCUGUUGCUUCAUUGCUUGCAGGCAAAUUUAAAAGGCAGGUUACUCUAACCAGGAACUUGGAAAUGUCAACAGCUUACCUGAGCAUUUGAGUCAACCUCUUCCUCCUGUUGUGGUUUUUAUCCGCCCUCUUCUCAAGCAAACCUGCUGUUUUGCAGUUUAUAGGAGAUAUAUAUAUUUUUCUUUUAAAAAGAGGUGUAAUGUUGGAGGAGAACUGAGGGGGAAUUUAGCAAACUAGCCAAUAUAGCUUGACUGUGAUAAUCUUUCCAUUUAUACAUUUUUAAAAUAAUUUUUUUAAUGCAGAUUUAAUGAGGAAAUGAGAAAAAAAGAUAAAAUUAAAUAAGAGAAGGAAAACAAGCCAAAAUAAUAAUAUACAAACAAUAACAGUAGACCACCAUCAGUUUAUAUUGCAGAUACAAUGACCACCAGUACACAAAUCUUAAAAUUAAAUAUGUAAGUUAAUAUAAGCCCUCCAGUUUUUGCUGUUUUUGCCAUAUAGAAGAUCCACUUGUACAAAAACCUGUUUUAAGAAAAUAGAUAACUAAAGAGACAGCCAGUUCACCUGUUGCAUGAGAAGAAAGGCAAGACUAGGCAGGCCUCUUGUCUAUUUUACCCACACCCUGUGGCUGCUUUUAACUUUACAAAUGGAAUGAGACCGGAAAGGUUAGGUUGUGAAUCUCCUGCCAAUUUGUCCAGUUGCACCAUAAGAAAGGAGUAUACAAUUUAAGAUGGUACAAGGGCGAGUUAUUUUAGCUCCUUAUUCUUUGGCACAUGGCCAACACAGUAUUUCUCUCCCCAACCUUUUUUGGUUUAUCUUUGGAUUGCUGUGUUGCAUCCAUGUUUUUUUCUGGUAUUUGUAUAUCAAACAAUUUUUGUGUCAAAGGAGCAAAGGUUUAAGCUGGAGUGACAAAUAGGGGAACAUAAAAUACUUCUUGAAUUUUAGACGUUUGCCUAGUGUCAAUAGGCAGGGAGUUCCGAAGUGUAGGUGCUGCCACACUAAUAGAUGCAAUUUCCUCCAACUGCAGUUGAUUGAAGUGGUUGGCUGGGCAUUUAUGCAGUAAGGCUAUCCCACAAGUAAACAUGUGUUGGAAGCUGCUCAGAGUGGCUGGGGCAACCCAGACAGGUAGGCAGGGCACAAAUAAUAAGAUUAUUAUUAUUAGGUGUACACGAUGGUUGCAUAGUAAUCUUGGGACCCACACAUAAACCUCUCUCGACCUGACCUACCUUUCAGGGUUGGUGUAAUAACAAAAAAGGAAGAGGAUUAUAUGCAUCACUCUGAACUACUUGGAGAAAACAGUGGGAGGAAAACAAACUCUGUAUUUUAGUCAAAGGAGUGUACGUAAUUGGGAUGAGGAUGGCAAGGAGUCCAUGGUUCAGAUUCCAGCAGGCCACAUGGCUUUCCUUGCUGCUUUUUUCCACCUAAAGUUCAGAGUUGAGAUCAUUCUUGGGGAUGAGCUGGGGAAACUUUGAGCUUCCCUUAUCUCUCUUCAGGUAAAUUACUUGGAAAGAGCAGUGAAGUCUAAACACCCACUUGCUUUGACUUUGCUUUCUUGUUUCCUAAUGAAAAUGUUCAGCCCUGCGAUAAGGUAAAGUUUAUCUGAAGAGCUUAUCUAGUGAGUGGUUCUUCUGUGUCUUUCUGAAGCUGCUGUUGAGAAUCUGGUUUGUGGCCUUGUCCCCUUUUUUUCACACAGCUCGGUUUUUUUAUAUGCACACUGAAAAACAACAACAAACUCCAUGUUCAAACGUAGGGGAAUGAGGCAUGUGUCUACAUUGCUUUGCAGGAAAUUAACGUGUCUUUCUUGAUAUCUCCGAAUUAGCUACCUUAUUUAUUGCAAAUAUUUAUAUAACCAGACUAUCUCAGUAUUGUUUGACUGGCAGUAACUUGCCAGGGUUCCAGGUAGGGGAUAUUCUCAGCCCUACCUGGAAAUGCUGGGGAAGAAGAAGAGGAGGAGUUUGGAUUUGAUAUCCUGCUUUAUCACUACCCGAAGGAGUCUCAAAGUGGCUAACAUUCUCCUUUCUCGUCCUCCCCCACAAAAAGCAGUCUGUGAGGUGAGUUGGGCUGAGAGACUUCGAAGAAGUGUGACUAGCCCAAGGUCACCCAGCAGCUGCAUGUGGAGGAGCGGAGACCCGAACCCGGUUCACCAGAUUACGAGUCCACCGCUCUUAACCACUACACCACACCAGGGACCUUCUGCGUGCAAGGGAAAUGCUCUGCCACUCUCCCUCUCCAUAUGAAGAGCUAACACAUGAGUGGGGUGCUGGCCCCAGUUCUGAUGAUCCUGCACUGGUUUCUUCCUGCAACCACUGUGUGCUUGAGGCAGGGGCUGACCAUAGGCUCCUCCAUGUGAUCUGGAGCCCUUUGUGAAGAUGCACAUUCAGCCAGUUCCCAUUCACAACUUUGCUGAAGUACAGAAGUUGUCAGGGUGGUGGGCACAGCUGUGUUUCUUGCCUGUGUGUGUAUGUGCUGUGAAUGCAAGGGGCUGAUCCUAGUCCCUCUCUGUUUGGAGACCUAAUGAGUGAAUAGGCUUGAAGUCCAGGACAUAAGAAACAACUACUGUGUGCCUUUGGGGGGUGUGUGAAGUCAAACUGUCGGAAGGUUGCAGUGCUUGCUGUGGGUGUAGAGACCAAUAUGGAAGAGACGUGUUUGGUUGCAGCUGGGGCAGAUGCACCACGGCGUUUCUUCUCUCUGUGCUCCUCCCAGCGGUCAUUUCUCCUCUGGUCACUGCUACGGAUUGAUGACUUGACUGUCUGCAGGUACUGCGGUCAUCUGCAAGGGGUUCCCUUGUGGCAGGUUGAUGUUGCCAGCCUUCGCGCAUCACGUUUGCAGACAUCUUUGUAAUGCAGAGGUGGCCUGCCAAUUGGCCUGGUGCAAUUCUGGGCUGCAUCAAUAGGAGUAUAGCAUCUAGAUCAAGGGAAGUAAUAGUGCCACUGUAUUCUGCUCUGGUCAGACCUCACCUGGAGUACUGUGUCCAGUUCUGGGCACCACAGUUCAAGAAGGACACUGACAAACUGGAACGUGUCCAGAGGAGGGCAACCAAAAUGGUCAAAGGCCUGGAAACGAUGCCUUAUGAGGAACGGCUAAGGGAGCUGGGCAUGUUUAGUCUGGAGAAGAGGAGGUUAAGGGGUGAUAUGAUAGCCAUGUUCAAAUAUAUAAAAGGAUGUCACAUAGAGGAGGGAGAAAGGUUGUUUUCUGCUGCUCCAGAGAAGCGGACACGGAGCAAUGGAUCCAAACUACAAGAAAGAAGAUUCCACCUAAACAUUAGGAAGAACUUCCUGACACUAAGAGCUGUUCGACAGUGGAAUUUGCUGCCAAGGAGUGUGGUGGAGUCUCCUCCUUUGGAGGUCUUUAAGCAGAGGCUUGACAACCAUAUGUCAGGAGUGCUCUGAUGGUGUUUCUUGCUUGGCAGGGGGUUGGACUCGAUGGCCCUUGUGGUCUCUUCCAACUCUAUGAUUCUAUGAUUCUAUAAAAAUACAGCUUUUGCAAUAAUGAACCUUUAUCCUCCUCAGCUCAUCCUAGGGGUGUGGCUCUGGAGGCUCCCUAAAGCACUGCAUGUAGCAUCCUUCGUAAUGCCAGUACAGUGGUAGCUUGGUUUAAGAACAGCUUAGUUUAUGAACAACUUGGAUUAAGAAUGCUGCAAACCUGGAAGUAGGUGUUUUGGUUUGUGAACUUUGUCUUAGAAUAAGAACAUGUUCCACUUCCUGUUGAGUGUGUUCCAUUUGUAAAUUGAGUCCCCCGCUACUAUGGGAAAGCACGCCUUGGUUUAAGAACGCUUUGGUUUAAGAACGGACUUCCGGAACGGAUUAAGUUUGUAAACCAAGGUACCACUGUACAUCGAACAGGGUAUGUGCUUGUGUUAGCCAGAACUGAAACCAAGAAAGGCUGGUCACCAUUUCUUAAAAUGCAGGGAGGAGAAUACUGGCGCAAAGGAAGAGUAGCCCUAAGAUGUGGGGAAAUGGUAAAAAGUGUGUGGGAAUCUAAAAGUGGGAGGUGCAGUCACUGAGAAGGCCUUCUCUUGGGUCCAUUGACAGCACAGAAUACCUGUCAGUGGGACUGCAAAGAGGGUGUCUCUUGUAGCAGCUGUAGUUUUGAAACCAUCUUCAUGGGUAGCAUUCAUUCAGGAACAGCUGGAAAUAGGCACUCCUUGCCUCUGAUGCCACCUAGGCCUCCAGAGACAGAGAUGGAUCAAGGAACACCCCAGACUAUGUACCUGUUCCCUCAGGGGGAGUGUGACUCUGUCUAUGGCAGGAUGAGCACCCAGUUCCAUCCCAGCAUGGCGACAGAGAAGUACUCCUGCAUAGCAGUGUAGGGCAAACCCAGAUGCUGACUCAUUGCCUUUAAAAGGUAAAGGGACCCCUGACCGUUAGGUCCAGUCACGGACAGCUCUAGGGUUGCAGCGCUCAUCUCGCUUUACUGGCCGAGGGAGCUGGUGUACAGUUUCUGGGUCAUGUGGCCAGUAUGACUAAGCCGCUUCUGGCGAACCAGAGCAGCGCACGGAAACGCUGUUUACCUUCCGCCGGAGCGGUACCUAUUUAUCUACUUGCACUGCAUGCUUUCGAACUGCUAGGUUGGCAGGAGCAGGGACCGAGCAAUGGGAGCUCACCCCGUCACGGGGAUUCGAACUGCCGACCUUCUGAUCGGCAAGCCCUAGGCUCUGUGGUUUAACCCGCCUUUAUCUGUUAAUAAAUCUUAAUUCAAUUGGCAGUUUUCAGAAGACGUUCCCUUUUGUUGCUGGGAAUUUUCUGGGUGACCUCUGUGGCUGUCAUUUUCCGAUCUGCUCUGGAAUGACUCACAAAUGAAAGUAGGUUAAUGCAGCACCCAAAGUCAGGGUGGUUCCCACUAUCCAAUCCCUUACUUUACCAGGGAAACAGGACUUUUUCAGGGGUUCCCAGAGUCGGAACUAAAACUGAUGUGGUGACUUCUUGAAUGAAGUCAUUGCAUUAGCUCAAGGACUUCUGCCCUUGAAAUGGGAUAUCAUCCUCUACUUAUCUGCUGUAGAGAGUUAAACUAAACCCCAAACAGAUAUGGGGGGAGAGGAAAAGGAAAGGAAGUCCUGCUGCAUAGAUUACUUCCUCUAAUUGGAUAAUUUUGUUGGAUGCAGUCCCCAGUUCUGGUAAUUCCUCUUUUGUGUUAACUAGCCACAGACACACCUCUGAUAACAACAAAAGGAGGAGAAGCAGCAACAUUGGAAUAAGUUGUAGUGGCCUUUGGCCUUCCGUGUUCAUUGAUCAACAUUCAGCACUAACAGGGUAUAAAACCACAAAAUAUAUAAUCAAAAUUAAAAAAAAACCCCAAUAACCCCCCCAACAUAUGGUUGCCUUUAGGGGACCUUAGGGUUGUAAGGAAAACAUUGGUCUUAAUUUGAUCAGUCCAUGAUCACUGCAGAUGGUGACAGCAGUCACGAAAUUAAAAGAUGCCUGCUUCUUGGGAGAAAAGCAGUGACAAACCUAGACAGCAUCUUAAAAAGCAGAGACAUCACCUUGCCAACAAAGGUCCGUAUAGUUAAAGCUAUGGUUUUCCCAGUAGUGAUGUAUGGAAGUGAGAGCUGGACCAUAAAGAAGGCUGAUCGCCGUAGAAUUGAUGCUUUUGAAUUAUGGUGCUGGAGGAGACUCUUGAGAGUCCCAUGGACUGCAAGAAGAUCAAACUUAUCCAUUCUGAAGGAAAUCAGCCCUGAGUGCUCACUGGAAGGACAGAUCGUGAAGCUGAGGCUCCAAUACUUUGGCCACCUCAUGAGAAGAGAAGACUCCCUGUAAAAGAUGGAGGGCACAAGGAGAAGGGGACAACAGAGGACGAGAUGGUUGGAUAGUGUUCUUGAAGCUACCAGCAUGAGUUUGACCAAACUGCGGGAGGCAGUGGAAGACAGGAGUGCCUCACGUGCUCUGGUCCAUGGGGUCACAAAGAGUCAGACACGACUAAACGACAACAAAAAAUUGAUCAGUCGAAUGUUUGGUAUCUGGUGGGCGGGGCUUGUGUGUUCUGCUCCGGAACUGGCCCCUCCCUUCAAUGUGUUCCAUUAAGAAUGUCAGUUAAGAGCAGCGGUCAGCAAACUUUUCCAGCAGGGGGCCGGUCCACUGUCCCUCAGACAUUGUGGGGGCCGGACUAUUUUUUGGGGGGGAGAGGGGAAUGAACAAAUUCCUUUGCCCCACAAAUAACCCAGAGAUGCAUUUUAAAUAAAAGGACACAUUCUACUCAUGUAAAAACACGCUGAUUCCCGGACCGUCCACGGGCCGGAUUUAGAAGGCGAUUGGGCCAGAUCUGGCCCUUGGGCCUUAGUUUGCCUACCCAUGGCUAAGAGGGACCAAAUGCCUCUUGUUUUCUUGUCUCAGACUUGCCUCAUGUUGUUGUAUUUAGUUUCUCUCAUCAUGUCAUUCUGUUACAGUUGCCUUCAUUAUUGAAACUUAGUUUACAUUUAUGUGAGCCACUUAUUUUUCUAAAAGAAAAAAAAGAAACUCUGCUGAGGAAAGGUGUGGAAUGUCCUAAAUUACAUUAGUCAGAGGAUAUUAUUCCCAGUUUGCCAGGAGGAUGGAUUUUUGUUAAUCAUCCCUCCUCCCCGUUUCACAACAAGGGUAGGUAAUAAAUCAAUCAACAAUAACCCCAGAACUCUGGGACUUGCUUGCAGCUGACCUCUGUAUUGUUAUCAGAAUUCAGGUUUUUCAAGAAGUCCUUCAAAACCCUGUUGCUCUCCUCAGUGGGUCAUAACCACGAAACCAUCAGCAGACAGUCUGAUCAUGUAGUAUUGUUUUUCAAUCUGGACUCCCAAUUUGGUGGUGUUUUGAGGUGUAUGGCUAAUGGUUCUGAAGGUAGGAGGAACAGAAAGUGAGAGAGUGGAAACUCCCCUGUCAAAUCCUCCCUGAGGAUGAAUUUACGUUGUCUUUUUUUAAUGUGGGCUUCGGAGUGUGUUUCAAGAUUUUCUUUGAAUUUGUGACCAAAUUUCAUUUCAGACAGAAAUGCCAGCAUGCUGCCCUCUUCUAGGUGGUCAAAGGCCUUGAGGAUGUCUAAUACCAUGACUAAAAUGAUGGCUUUGUUUAAUUUUAAAGGCCCAUCACCCAGUGGUGGAGCAACCUCUUUUCAUGCAGAAGUCCCCAACAUAUUUAGGGCAUUUUGGGAAAGACUCCAAACUUUCAAUCUGUAGGCCGUGCUGAGCUGAGUGGGCCAAUGACCUGACUUGGCGCCCGAUACCUUCUUGUGUUCCUAUGGGCAUGAAAUCCAGUGCUGGAAACAACCAUUUUCCACUGAGGAGCUCUUAGAAGGCUUGGGGAAGAGAGUGAAAAUUGGUGCGGUCAUAUUGUUUCUUUCUUUUUUCUUUUCUUUUUUUUAACUAUAAAUUCUUUAUUGAUUAAAAGAUUUGCAUGUCUAUACAAACAUUAUGUACUCUUAAACAGGUUAAAAAACAGAAAAUUAUAUAAAAUAGAAAAUUUAUAAAGAAAAAGAAAUAAAGAAGUGACAAAGAUAAGAAACAAAGAAAUCAAUUUUUUAAAAAAAGACAAAGUUAUUUACAUAGUAAAAGUACUCAUCAGCACAUUCCCUCCCAUCCUUCUCAUUAUACUGUUUCAUAUAACAUUCUUUUUUACACAGGUUUACAUUGUAUCAUAUCAAUUCUUUCUGCUUUGUAUACAUUCCUUUGAUCUUUUUCUUUACAAAUAUCACUCAAUUUCUGCUAAUAUGGAGUUAUUUGUACAAUGAAGUUUUACAUAAUUCUUAAAUAUUAUCCAUUCUCUAGUUGUUUUUUGUUUCGAUAUUCCUCUAACUGAUCCCGUCAGUUUUGCUAAUUGUAGAUAUUCUGACAUGGGUAUCUGCCAAUCUGUAAUCUCUGGGAGCGUUUCAUUCUUCCAGUUCCUGGAAGGAACAUAUUGUUUCACUUACAAACCAAACCAAGCCUAGAGCAAUGGGGCAAUCUUUCUGAGGAACAUCUGCUUCUCUCAUCUUGAGGUUAAUUCUAUCCAACUCAGCUGGUUACCUGUAUCGGUUGUGUUUCUCUGUCCAGUUUCCAAUAGCUAAAGUUUCCUUUCUCUAUCACAUGAUGUGUCUGCCUUGCCGUUUCCCCUUACAGCUGUGUUUGUAAUCCCAGCAGUUUGAAAGCAGACUUUCUGCAUAGAGGGACUGGUGGCACUUGCUCAGAAGAGGUGGUUGGUUUUCAUAGUUUAGCAGAUCCAUUCGUUAUGUUUGGUUAUGGAAAACCAACCAGUUAUGUUUGGUUGUGGGAAAGAUUUAGCUUUACUGGAUGACAGAGAAAUGGUUAUUUCUUUUUAAACUGAUGCUCAUGUAUAAUUUGUUGUAAUUUGAAGGGGAGGGGGAAGGAACUUGAUAUCAGAUGACUGGAUAUGGGAAUGGUAAAUUUUAAGCUAAUCUAGUUAAGGUAGGUAGACAACAGGAUAAUAUUUUUAUUGAAAAGCUAAGUCUGUUGUCAUGUAUUGGUGGGGGUAAAAGAAAGCAAGAAAAUGUUGAACCAGAGAGAGAGAGAGAGAGUGUACGCUGGAUAAAAGGCAAAUAUAAAAUUGCUAGGGAUUGAUCAUAUAUAUAUAUAUAUGUGUGUGUGUGUGUGUGUAUGUACACACACACACACACACACACACACACACACACACACACACACACAUAUACACACACAGUCGUACCUUGCGACUUGAUUGUUUUGGCUCCUGAAAGCCGCAAACACGGAAAUGAGUGUUCCAGUUUGUGAACGUUCUUUGGAACCUAAAUGUCCAACGCAGCUUCCGAUUGGCUGCAGGAGCUUCCUGCAGUCAUUCAGAAGCAGCGCCUUGGUUUCCAAAAGUUUUGGAAGUUGAAUGGACUUCCGGAACGGAUUCUGUUUGACUUCCGAGAUGCCACUGUAUAUCAGUAUUUCCCCCCCCCCCCAAAAAAGGAGGCUUUCUUUGAGAACGGUAUGAAAUGUGAAAUUUCAUUUCCAUCUUGCACCAUUUGAAAAAAGUUGGGGGGAGGGAAAUAGCAUGGAAGAUCCGGGGAUAAAGACAUGUGUGUUAUGACUAUGUUCCUUCUGCUUCUCUUCUUUGGUGGGAUUUGUGGAACCCAACCUCCUUGGUUAAACAACUGGAGAACGAAACAUGCUCUUUAAAUCCCCCCCCCCGACCCUUCCUGUAUAAAAACAAAGACCACCACUACCAGAUGUAGAAAACGCUGCAUUCAUAAGUCGUGCCCCACAAAUAACAAAAGACCCUUUCACGGAGUGAGCAAGCACAAGUAACCUGGCGCCUGCUGGCGCUCCAGAUGUGAGAUUCCAUUGUGUGCGAAUGCCAGACUCUGGCCGUCCCUGCUUACUUUCUCCAUCAGCAGCUGGAAAGUUUUACUCAUUCACAACUCCCUGAAGGCAAAAAUCCACAGCAGAAAAACAAGCCUUUGGUAGAAGAAACACUCUUGCUAGAGAAAGGCCUUAGCUCAGUGGGAGAGCAGAAAGAUCCCAGGCAAGGCUAGGCAAGGAACCUCUGUUGCGGGUGUGUGUGCAUGCAAACACUGCCCCGUCAUUGCUGCAUGUGUUGGCUUGCUGUCCCAGACUUCCCUUGUGUUAUGCCAUGUGUCUAUUGUGAAUGCUAGAAAACGAUAUGAUAAUCUUUAUUGUCAUUGUCCCAUACAGAACAAGGAAAUUGAAAAAAAUCUACAUCAGACAUUCAAAAACCAACAAGCCUGCUACCUUAGCUAUCCCAGCCUGGUUAACCCCCUAAAAACUCUGAUACCCCAUAAUUAAAUACAAUAUACUCCCAUAGAGACUACCUUACACUGCAUUUAAAACCAAAAUCACAUUUGGAUAGAAACUGUUUUUCAGACGGCUAGUCCUAGUCUUUAUAACCCUGUACCUUCUUCCAGGAGGCAGAAGCUGAAAGAGAUCAUAUCCUGCACUAUCUCUGCAGCUUUCUUAUGGCACCUGGAAACAUAGGUGGGAAGAGUGCACCCAGUUAUUCUCUCUGCAGUCUUUACAACCCUGGACAGCAUUGUUUUUCCCCUGACCUUGCAGCUCCCAAACCACACACAGAAACCAUAAGUUAAUACACUCUCAACAGUACAAUGGUAAAAUGCCAUCAACAUGUCUUUUGAGAGAUUAUGUACAGUAUUGUUGUGAAGAACAUGGGGAGAGAAAUGAUACAACACCAAAACCAUUUAAAAUAUCUUCCUGUAAGCAGAAAGGGUUGCCUCUCCCUAGAAAGACUCAAAUGCUCGAUCAAAUGUUUCUGCAACUAUAAAGUGCCAUUUUGGAAGCCCAGUAUGCAUUGGCAACAUCUUUUGAGUUUUGCAGAAGUCUGUGUAGUUUUCUCUGCGUAGUUUUACAGAAGUCGCUCAUGGACUUCUCAAUUCAGUAUUGAAGGCUUUGACCGCAAUCAACAAUGCGGUCCAAAGGUUGCAAGGUUCAUUGUAACAUUGGAGGAGUAGAGCCAAUGUCAAGUCGCGGACUCCCUUGCAAGAAAUAACAGGCGUAUUUGAAGCAGUUCAGCAAGUGGCAUCCGGAGCAGAGAGAUGAGAUGAGAACAGGGGAAUGUGGGAUUAUUGGGAGGGAGCGUCAGUAAUUGCAGCCUUCUGUACCAUGGAGCCUUUACUACCGACAUUUAUACCCUACCAUUCAGCGAUAAUUUGCAUUCUCUUAGCUCGGGUCGGCAAAGUUUUUGUGGCUUGUGCCAGUUCACGGUCCCACAGACGCCGCAGUGGGCCGGAGUGUGUGUGUGCGCAUGCAUGUGCAAACGCUAUUUCAGGCAUUCCUUCCGGCGCAGAGGAGGCGUGCGCAGCUUCCCAUUGGCUGCAGGAGCUUCCUGCAGCCAAUGGGAAGCCGGCCAGCGCUGUGGAAGGCAGUCCCCACUCUGCUCCGCGCUGGUUUAGUGUGGCGCACGGGAGCUGACAGAGUGGGCAGCGGGGGUCCAUGGGCCGGUUAAAUGACCCCCAUGGGCCGUAUGUGGCCUAUGGGCCUUAGGUUGCUGACCCCUGUCUGAGCUAGUCUAUAUACAUGAUUGCAGCUCUAGUGACUUUUUAGUCUUGGCUGUUCCUGUGUAAGAUUGCCCAGGCUAGCUUAGUAAAACCUUUGCUCUUUUUAGUUGUGCUAUAAAAAGCAUAGAAGGGAAAUCUGUUCCAUUCCCUUAACUACCUAAUCUGAAAGAACAUCAUAAUCCAUAGCAAUGAACUGGUUACCGGUUGAGGAAGGCUCCUCUAUAACUGUGUGUAUUUGUCCAUGAUGUGAUGUAGAAGAAAUGGAAAGAAAAAAAGGAAUUCAACGCACAAAUUUCUUAUCGGGGCAAAAGCACUGGAAAUACAGUGGAAAUAAGGCAAAAGGAUUUGGUGUUCAAAACCCUGACACUGACAGUAGGGAGGAAAUGAUUCAUAUGGAAAGAGGAAGUCUUGAAAGCAACAAUGCUGAAAGAGAAGCGCAAGGCCAAUGGUGGAUGGCAAUAAUAGGAAAAUAUCUGUCUGGGAAGAAGGCAUUGAGGAAAAUACGUACACAUUUUGAGUCCUUGAUUUCUGUGCUGUCUUGAGAUAAGUCAGACUGUAAAAAGACCUUUUACCAUUUCAUAAUGUGGAGGCUUGAUUAAUGUACUAUGGCAUGAAUUGGAUAUUGUGGAACUAUAUUUUAGAUACUACUGGAAGUGGCCACUUUCAUGGAGUGAUUUAUAUUUGGACUGACUGAGUAAAACUUAGUUGAAUGCCACCAUAAGUGUGAAUUUUCAGGGCGCAGUUCUACAUUUAAAGUUUGGGGUGCAGGGGUGAAGCUGGGAAUCUUGGCUUAUGCAUUUACAACUUCACUUUCCAUCUGAAGUCUGAAUGCGUGUUUUGACCCUUGCGCUCGAUUUUGAGGGGUUGGGAAUGUGUUUUGUUCAGACACAGGGAGGCCACACCAACACCAUACAUUUAAAGCACUCGGCUUUCCUCAGAGACUCAUGGAACCUGUCACAGAGCAACCACUUUCCAGCACCCUCAACAAACUACAGUUCCCAGGAUUCUCUGGGAGAAGCCAUGUGCUUUAAAUGUAUGGUAUGAAUGUGACCAGAGUUAGUUGUCUGCUAGUUGUUCACUGCCUCCAUUCCUUCAGAUUUGGAGGAACCCUGUUUUGGGCCUGGGUCUAGAGUCCUGCUAGAGGAAUGGCUGUAACUCUGAUAAUAACCUUUAUACUGCCACAAUCAUGAGUCUGAUUUUGGUGUUGUUUUUUUAAGGAAUAUGAUAUGCUUCCCACAGUCCUUUGGUUGGCAACUGUGAGAGCAGGAUGUUGGGUUAGUUAAGCCAUUGGCCUCAUCCAGGACUGUGGUGCUGAUGUGUUUUGGGGGAAUACUCUGAGAAUGUGUACUGUACAUAAUACAGUGGUACCUCGGGUUACAUACGCUUCAGGUUACAUACGCUUCAGGUUACAGACUCCGCUAACCCAGAAAUAGUGCUUCAGGUUAAGAACUUUGCUUCAGGAUGAGAACAGAAAUCGGGCUCCGGCGGCGCAGCGGCAGCAGGAGGCCCCAUUAGCUAAAGUGGUGCUUCACGUUAAGAACAGUUUCAGGUUAAGUACGGCGCUCUGGAACGAAUUAAGUACUUCACCCAAGGUACCACUGUAUGAUAGUCCUACUUAUCUGGGAGUGAGUCUCAUAGAACUCUAUGGGAUCUGCCUCUAGGUAGUUAUGCAUAGAUAGUGUGCAGUAAGAGUAUGUUGCUGUGUUCAGUUCAGGCCAGAUAAGUUUGUCUAAACUGUGGGUGUCACCCCUUUCCAUAUCAAUAUUGUUCUUAAUAUCGUAAUGCUUCUGGGGUUGCCGGUGUCUGACUCCGUGACAACUUGACGUUUUGCAACUGUAGAACUAAUUUGGAAGUUGUUUAGAAAAUAGAGCAGCAUGCCAACGUAUCGUAGUAGCACCUGAGUUGUAGAUGAAAUAUUAAAGAUGCAUUGUUGCGGCAGGUGUUCUAAAAGCAGGCAUGGAAUUAAAAUUGAUGCUGCUGGGAAUGAGCGGGGGAGAGCGAGAGAGCCAACCCUGAUUAGCAACAUAAAGGGUGUUUUUCAGUUUCAGGUUUGUGCUAAUUAUAUAACAUGUGAUUUUCAGUAUUGGUGAGAGAAUAAACAUCUGUAACUCUGGGCCCUGCUUCCCACUCUCCUCUCACGGCACAGGCAGAGACAGUUGUGGUGGCUGUAUUCCCACUGUGGUGGUAAACCUGCGUGUAGCCUGUACCACUUCAAAUACUAGAGGCAAGCAUGUUUGAUGGAGAGCUCUUCCCAGCAUAUGCCUUUGCAGAGUUUUUGGGAUGCUGAUCUGUAUUUAUAGUUUUUAUUAUUAAAAUGAAUGAACUUUAUUACGGUCACAGACCAGGAUAAAUUCAUUUUUAUUAUUAAAAUCAUCUGUAAAACUACCCAGUGGAUUAAAGCACACUGCACAUUUAAAGCAACCCCACCCCUCAAAAAAUAUAUAUUGGGAACUGUAGUUUAAGGGUGCUGGGAAUUAGAUCGGUAAAUGGUAAACUACAGCUCUUAGGAUGUUUUGAGGACUUAUGCUUUAAAUGUAUGGAAUGCAUGCAACCUUAAUUGAUCAUAGAACUGUAGAGUUCGAAGGGGCCGUGAGGGUCAUCUAGUCCAACCCUCUGCAAUGCAGGGAUCUCAGCUAAAGCAUCCAUGUUAGAUGGCAGUAUAUAAAUGUAAUAAUGACAAUAAAAUCAGCAUGUUGCGGUAGAAGAGUUGUAAUAGUCUACUCUUUCCCCUGACAUGCAAGCUUUACAUUUGUAGGCAUGUUCAAGUUAUUUUUCCACCCAUCCCAAGUCUGUAAUGGUGGAGGCCCCAAACAGGCUCAUCACCUCAGUGAGAACUGGGAUCAGUGCAGCAAUAAGUAUAGCAUUUAUGCUGGUCCUGAUGCUAAAGAAUCUAUUGUUAGUACCAUGGGGAGUUACCUGCCCCUGGUAAGUCUUCAAUUGUAUGACAGGCAGAAAUUCUCCGGUACAGCCCCCUUGCAUUUCAUAUCUCUCAAAAAAACCUGCUGCCUUUGCAAAGCAUAAUGCUCAUGUGAGUUGCUUUGGCCUUCCACUUUGCUCCAGAAUUCCUUAUCUAGUUCUCCUGGAAGAAGGAAGUUUUUACAUUCUUAACAGUCUUUAUUUAGAUGGUGAUUGGCAUUCCUCGGUUCACAAACGAACUUUGGUCUAGGGUAAAAAAACAAAAGCAACCCAUGAAGCACUGUCUCAUGGAAUGAAUACAAAAACGUAAAUCACAGAGCUAGCUGAUUUAUAACAGAGGCUCCUCUAAGUGGAAAACCACCUACUCGAACAGCGCUGCCAAUCAGGGUUGCUUUUCUGCAAAUGUAUGCAGUUCUUCAGAUUUAGGAAACAAAUGAUUUCACCUUUUGCCAGAAUGUGGUGCUAUGUGUGCGCAUGGACACACUUCCAUGUGCAACUGAGUAAUCUCAUCUCCUUUUCCGGUUUGAGAAGAAGCUUGUGGCUGUGCUUCUCAUCCAAAAAGAAUUGUUGAUGUGAUUCUCGAUGGUGGUUGGGCAGACUAAAAUACUUCUCUCAGUUUGUGGCGGGGAAUCUGUGUCACUCGUAGAUGACACAAUUAUGCUUUGAUCCAGAGAUACCUUGCAUGAGUGGAAAACCCCUUCUGCUUUUAUACAACUGACACCCUGUGUGCCCAUAAUAUGCUAUUCCUGACGGUCUCUUGAUUCUGAGGGGUAGCUUCUCCAGCCUUUCUAAUAUUGGAUAGCUUCAGCAUACUCAGGAAUCAAAAACUUUGUGUCUCAUUUGGGGGAAGUGUAUAUUUUUUUAUGCAUUCUGCAACCUCCAUUUCCUGGAAAGCUGAAUUGUGCAAGCAGGGUUCUUACAUCUACCUCUGGAUUCAACUCUUUGCAUGACUUCAUUGAGGAGUGUGAGCAGAUUAUAGUUUGGAGGUGGUGGCGGCUAUGGUUAAAUCCUACACUUCCUCUAAGAGGCUCAGUGUGACAAAUGUUUGCAAACUGUAGUUAGUCUUAACUAUGGUUUAAUGAAACAAGCCAGGUUGGGACAGAGCGCUAAACUGCAGCUAAAAAUAGAAGUGUAAAUUUCUGGUUGUCUCCUAAGGGAGGGGGAAUGAAUGAGCCCAAGGCUCAUUCCUGUAACAAUAAACAAUAGUUUAUCACUGGCCACAUUCACACGCAACACUCAGCCAAACCAUGGUUUUGCAGAAACACAGUGUCUCCUGGGAAGGUGAUUGCAGGUGCUUUGCUCCUCCUUGGUUCUUUUAGAGCAAGCCUUGUACUUGCUUAUACAUCAUGAUUAAGGAGGAGAGAGCUGAACCACAAUCCCAGGUUCGUACAAAGUGUCAAGCCAUGCUUUGGCUUGACUGAUGUGCUGAGCUAACAGGACUGGUGAGAUGCAAAGCAACUACAAAUUCCUCUCCAAGAGCCUGCAUGGUCACAGGAAAGCAUAGCUUGGCUUAGCUCACCUGGUUUGCAAGUCAGUCAGUUUAAAUGCAAGCAAUAAGUGAAAAUGGCAAAAUAGUAUUUCGGUCAACUCUUGGCCAUUUAAUGUGCUAUUCAUAUGCUGCUCAACAUGCAUUAAACCCAAGUUGGCCCAUAACACACAAGUUGUGUAGUGAUGCAGUUUUGAAUGGUCAAGGUCAGCAAAAAUCCCUGAGCUUGCCUUGAUUUGACUAGCAUAAAUAAGCCUGUGCAUGUCUGUGCAGAAUUUAGUGGGGACUUACUCCCAAUUAAGUGUGUGUGGGAUUGCAGCCUUCAUAGUAAGUGAAAGAAAUUCACCUUUCUCAAGGGUCUGGCAACAUGACUAACAAAAUACUUCUUGAAAUAUGAGCCUCAGGAAGAAACACAUUUAGAAAACAAGCUUAAUUAGAUGCACAUGUUUACUGCCACCCAAUCUCCUGUGCCAAACUCCUAAAUAUUACAGACUUUCCAGGUUCAUCACACAGCAGGUUUCAUUACCAAGCGAGGCAGAUUUUUAUUUACUCCUUUCUUGUCUAUCCCCAGCACUCGCGGUUGACUCUCACAUUCAGGCAAGGCCAUAUAGGGCUAAGAAUUGCUUAUCUUCAGGAACAGAGCUGAGCUGUGUGCCUUCAGACUCUUCUCUGGAAACCCAAUGCAUGCUUCUCUCUGAAAGAAAUCCCACUGUGGAUGCUGAAACUCCAACAUUUAGGAUUACAGUGUCAUGUAUUUUGAGAAGUACAAGCAAGCUUUUGGUAUUGAGGUGACUUCACACAACACACCAGCGGUCUUUUUAUAUUAUAAGGAGGUGGAGAAUGUACCUGGGAGGGUGUGAUGUUACUCCUUUUUGAAAGUAUUUGACAUGCAGUCUCUGUUGGGGUGUUGCUUGCAGCUUACGCAGUACAUUUUUCACAUUCUCCUCUCUUGUGGAGUAGAGUGAGCAGAACUAACUGGAACCUUGCAAGCUAGAGAAAAAGAAAGAGCCUGUGUGCCUAUCAGGAAUAGUAAACAUUAUUAUUAUUUAUUACUGUUUAUUAAAUUUAUACAUCACCAUUCACCUGAAGAUCACAGGGAAGAUCACAACAUAAAAAUACAAAAUGAGAACACAAAAUGCAGAAUAGAACAACAACAAAAACAAACCAAUGACCCCCCUCCCACAAAACACAUUUAAAAGGCCAUAGAACAUUCAUCAGCCAAAGGCCUGGUUACAGAGAAGCAUUUUCUCCUGACGCCUAAAGAUAUGUAGUGAAGACGCCAGGCAAGCCUCUCUGGGGAAAGGAUCCCACUAAAAGGGAGUCACUGCAGAAAAGGCCCGUUCUCUUGUUGCCACCCUCCAGACCUUUCACGGAGGAAACACACAAAGAAGGGCCUCAGAUGAUGCUUUCAGGGUAUGGGUUGGUUCAUAUGAGGAGAGGCGGUCCUUAAGGUAUUGCAGUCCUGAGUUCCUUGUUGGUAUUCAUAAUCAAAUAAUGUGUUGGGGCUUUCUUCUGAACUUGCACCCACUCCUCCCCAACCUCAAAUCUCUGUUUUUCACAGUGCAGGGCAGGAAGUUCAUAAAGUUCAUUUGACAACAUGACUUUCAAGUUGAGCUGGUACAAAGAAGCCUGGGAAAUAGGCACUGUCUGCUCGCACUCUGGUUUUCAGGGGUUAACAGGUUAAAUUUCUUGUACAUCCAGUUCUUCUGGCUCUUCUCGCCAAGGUUUCAGGCAGGGAAUCUUUCCCAUCCCUACUUAGAGAGCUGGGGAUUGAACCUGGGACCUUCUGCAGGCACAUGAGAUGCUCUGUCACUGAGACCAUGGCCCUUCCUUGCCUUAUAUUAAAGGUAAAGGGACCCCUGACCAUUAGGUCCAGUCAUGGCCGACUCUGGGGUCGCGGCGCUCAUCUCGCUUUAUUGGCUGAGGGAGCUGGCGUACAGCUUCUGGGUCACAUGGCCAGCAUGACUAAGCCACUUCUGGCGAACCAGAGCAGCGCACGGAAAUGCCGUUUACCUUCCGCCGGAGUGGUACCUAUUUAUCUACUUGCACUUUGACGUGCUUUCAAACUGCUAGGUUGGCAGGAACAGGGACCGAGCAACGGGAGCUCACCCCGUGGCGGGGAUUCGAACCGCCAACCUUCUGAUUGGCAAGUCCUAGGCUCUGUGGUUUAACCCACAGCGCCACCCAUGUCCCAUUGCCUUAUAUUAGGCUAGGCUAUUUGUCCGUGACAUGCACUCUUGACUAGCUGACUGGCCGCAGCUCUGCAGGGUCUCAAGCAGAGGUCUUCGCCAUCACCUGGCAGUCACCUUUAACUGGCAUCUCUGGAAUUGAACUUUGGAUUUUCUGCAAGCAGAGGAGGUGUUCAGCCACUGAGUUGUGGUCUGUCUUCAGCUGCUCUAGUGUGAGACUCCUGCCAGGGCCUUAUCCUCUUAUCUCCCUCCCAGCUUUCUUGCACCAAUGAUUUAGGAAACAAACUUUGUUAAUAUACCUUCCUCUUCACUACAAGUUUUCUCCCAGUCCCAUCUCUGGCUGCAUAAUUAACCUGACUUCUGGGUAGCAAGCAAUGUGGCUGGGAGCUUUGGAGAGCCAUUUGAAUUCCCCUGUACUAAGUACUGUCACUGGCCAGCGCACAACAUUUUAUGCUAUAUAUAGCAUGGCUUUUUGGUCUUCCUGGGUUGCGGAAGUGAGAAGGGAACCUUCUGGCAGUUCCUGAGUUCCUGUUUUAAAUAUGUCAGCUCAUGCUGUUUCCCCUGCAACAUUUCCCAAAACCAUGGAAUCACUGCUAUAACUGGUCUGCUUAAAUAGCUAUGGAAGGCUAAGGUUGCUAUAAUUGGCAUGUCUGAAUUGUUGGUAGCAAUACUUGUUUAUUUUACAAAAAGACGGACCUACCAUUAUUUGUUCUCCCUGGGCCAUCAGGUUUGUAGUAAAUGUCACCCAAUGAAAUCAUUAUUAGAGUCAAAAUAGUACUCCACAAUUUGGAUGUACUGCUCUAUUAGGAAUGGGCAAGAUCCACCUUGCUGGCUUUCCACUAGACCACACCCCUCUCAUUGGCCACACCCAUUUCUCACUUUCUUCCUUGUAUGCCUGCUACAGUCCUGGAUUCUCAAGUGCUGAAAUGUGAGACUAAAAAGCCCUUGCACUUAUCAGUGCUUAAAUUGCCCUAAUGAAGUGCUCUGGCACGGUCACCAGUGCCCAGAAGAUCUUGUUCACUUCCUGAAGUACUCCUGCCUCAUCAGCUCCAAUCAUGCAUAUUUGGAAGUGCUCCAGCAGCCUCUCCUUUCUUCCAAGGCAAUGUGAAAUUUUUGAAGCAGAUUGAAGUCCUCCUUCAAGGGAAGGGCUGCAGCUCAGUAGGAGAGCAUCUGCUUUGUCUGCAGAAGGUCCCAGGUUCAGUCCCUGGCAUCUGCAGUUACAACUGGGAAUGUCCCCUGUCUGAUUUCCUGAAGAGUCUCUGCCAGUCAGUGUAGGGAAUGCAGAGUUAUAUGGAGCAAUAUUCUGACUCAAGGCAGCUUCUGAUGGUCAUAUCUAAAGUUCACUGAAAAAGUGUUUUUUUUAGUGAGGGAAUUUUGCACAAGUAGGAGUGAGGGAAGGUGGAUUUAAAUGAGGAAACUUGGAUAUCAUAUGUGUGUAUGUGUGUAGAUGGGGAAGAAAGCCUUGCUGGAAUAUGCACUUUUUGGUUAAGAUGGGGGUUUUUGGGUGGGAACAAAUGUAAAUUUUUUAUUGCUUUGUUCCCCACAUUGAAAUUGAAUAUACAGUUGUACCUUGGAAGUUGAACGGAAUCUGUUCCGGAAGUCCGUUUGACUUCCAGAAGUUCUCCUAAUACACUACAGUAUGCAGUUUUGUCUAGCACAUGCAUUGUUGCAAAGCACAUUUUCCCUGAUAAUAUUCCCCCUAACAUAAUGCAUUUUCCAUGUUAUUUUUGCUAAUAAUAUGCAUGCUUAUCCAUACUGAGUACAUGCCUUUUUGCACAUGUUAUUUGGCUGGAGGACCUGCCUUGCAAAAUUCAGAAAUGGUUGUGUUUCUGUUGGCAUAUUGUUUCAGAAAGUGCAAAUUACUGAAGGGUGGAAUAUAUAAAUGCCAGCUUAAAAAAAAAUGCUCCCACUUUACUGUUCGUUGUAAAGUUAAAAUUGAUUCAUUUCCUACUGUUGCUGUUCUUUCUACUUUUUGCUACUUUCAAGAUCCUGAAAGAAAAACGGUAGUCUAGUGUUUUGUGUGUGCAAACAAUUUUUUGAUUACAGUUGCAGAAUGGUAGUAUUAGACUUCUUCAAAACAUAAACUACAGAUGUCAGAAUAUGCAAGGUUUCUGGGUCAUCCAGUCUCUGUGUGUUUGUUUCUUCUAUUUAAACAAAAUCCAAUUCAGGCCAAAGAGUCAUAAGCGUUCCCCAGUUGUUUGGAAAUGGUCUAGUCACCGUAGGCAGUUUUUAAAAUAAAAAUUCUCUAUCCAGCUGUGUGGUGCUCUGUAAUUAAAACAUUCAUAGGCAGCCUAAAAUAUUGGAUGGGAAAUCAUGCAGUUAUGGGGUUGUGUGUGUGUGUGUGUGUGUAUGCCUGUUGUGAGGCAUUCUUUUUUGCUGGAGGAUACAAUCAGUUUAAGUUUCUUCUGGAGACUAGCCAGCUCUCCCGCCCCAAGGAAUGCAUUCCUGUCUAGCCUAACAGACCAGUAAUGAAAGGUGGAGUCCAAAAUGUGGUCUAGGACUUUUACUCAUUUUUUUCUUUCUUUCCCUGCUAAGGUUAGAGCAGGGAGCGGGGAGGCUUUUUCGGAUGACUGGUUCCCCUACCCCUCACUUUUCCAUUAUUAUUUUAAGACAACAAAAUUGCCUGUCUGCCUUUAAAGUGGGUUUUGCUGUUGCAUCUCCUUUGCAUUGGGCCAUUUAACCCAUAGGUGGCCAACCCACAGGCUGCAUCAGGCUCUUUUUAUUGUGACCCUCAUUUCCCUCCAAACUUGUCCUUUAUUAUUAUUUUUUUAGCGACCAUACCUAUUUUGAGGUUUGACCAUGGUUCAAUGUGGCCCUUGGCCUGGAAAAAGGUUAACCACCCCAAUCUAGCCCGAUACUUGGGCAACGGCUCUCCAAAGCCCCAGCAGCCUUGGUGUGCCCUCAGAUACCCCUCACCUGCCUGUUUUCUUUCUUACAACCAGACUAGGGAAUAACACUGCUUGCCAGCUCUCCUCCUCCUUAGUCCCAGUGUCACCCUUGUAGAACUCAGCAGGGCAGAGGCUGGAGCAAAACUAGAAAGUAGUUGGCAGCGCUUGUCAUUAGUUCUGGCUCAACCAACUGUUUGGCAUCUCCACCUUCUGCCUCACCAGUCUCAAUGGGCACCAGCCCCCACCGCUGAACUGCAUCAGUGUUCACAGUUGGGCCAUGAUGGUCUUGCUCCUUGGUGGGAGGUCUGCAGGGACUUGAGGGGGAGAGCAGAAGAAGAGAGAGGCAGAUGUUGUGAGCUGGAGAAGCCUCCUCUCAUCCCAGGAUGCAUGACUAACCAUGAUAUCACAGUGAUUCUGGCCAGCACAUAGACACUCCAGUGGUUUUUCCCUCCCUUCUUAACAGCCAACUGCAUGUUCAGUCUGAACUAGAAUCUGAAUAAGCUUUUACUGAUGUCAUGGAGAAAGGCAACAGCUUGUUUAUCUAUCUGCCCUAAGGUGGAAAAAGAGGAUAGCAAGAGCCAUGUUGCUGGGCUCCUUAAGUGAGAACGUUCUGUGUUUGUUUGGUGAUCCGUUUUUUAAAGCAGAUUUGAAAGAGCCACUUGCCUGGUUGCCUUUGUCUAGUAAGGGUGGCAAAAAACUUAACAAAACUUCUUUUUUUUAAAAAAUGAAGGACUUAUGUGCAAGUGAAUUUAUGAGCAACACCAUGUUUAAAGCUAUGAGGUCCUGUCGGUUUUGCACUGUCAAGAUGCUUGAAUUAUCUAUCUCUCUUCUCCCCUGGCAUCUUGGGAACCCCAGUUUGACUUGUCAUUCCUUACCUGUGCCAUUCAUUUCCUUCCUUCCCUUGGUUCUCUAUCCAACUUUUCCUGCCCAAGUGCAGACUAGAGACCAUGCAAUCCUCCAAACAUUGGAGUUUGCCAUACAAAGGCUAGCAGUAGUUAGCCAAAUGUCACACAUCACGCUGUGAGAGCUGCCAAGUGGAGUGACAUGGAAUACUGGAGUGAACUUUAAAAUGUGAGUUGGAAGCCUGAAUCUGCUAUUUCAGCUGAGCCUUCUGAUACCACGCCAGAUCCCCAAGCAUAUCAAUUAUCUGAGCUAAGGGAUAAAUGAUACAUUUGCUAUCCGCCAGUCAGCUCAAGAACCCUGAUGUUCCAGCAGUGGCCACAGUCUUCCCAUGGCUGAAUCAAGCUAUCUUUGUCUCAGAUCGUAGUUAAUGAUAUGAGCAUUAGGCUUCACCCAAUCUAUCCUUUUCCUUUGUGUGUUUAAGUUUGCUCCCUCGGUUCUUGAUAUGGGGAAACCCCUAGUUUAUCCAGUUUGCAACUUCAAGAUUCCUGUUACUCACCCUGCUUAGGAUUCUGGACUUGGACUGGAGAACCUUUCAGGUAGACAACUCCUUCAAAUAGAGGACUGUCCUUGGCAGAAUGCAUGGCCACUCUAGCAAGGGGAGGAGGGGAUUAUAGAAUCAUAGAAUUGUAGAGCUAGAAGGGGCCACGAGGAUCAUCUAGUCCAAUCCUAUGCAAUGCAGGAAUCUUUUUGCCCAAUAUGGGGCUUGAACCCACAAACAUGAGAUUAAGAGUCUCAUAUUCUACCAACUGAGGUAUCACAGCCAUAACAUAUGCUCCCGAGGCACAGUAACCUAGGUUUGUCCCAACUCCGUGUGUGUGUGUGUGAGAGAGAGAGAGAGAGAGAGAGAAUGAAUCGUGUGUGGUGGUGGUAGUAGAUUGGAGACUAAUAAUAAUAAUAAUUUAUUAUUUAUACCCCGCCCAUCUGGCUGAGUUUCCCCAGCCACUCUCCCAAUCGAAUGUUAAAAACAAUACAGCAUUAAAUAUUAAAAACUUCCCUAAACAGGGCUGCCUUCAGAUGUCUUUUAAAAGGAAGAUAGCUGCUUAUUUCCUUCACAUCUGAAGGGAGGGCGUUCCACAGGGCGGGCGCCACUACUGAGAAGGCCCUCUGUCUGGUUCCCUGUAACCUCACUUCUCACAAUGAGGGAACCGCCAGAAGGCCCUCGGAGCUGGACCUCAGUGUCCGGGCUGAAUGAUGGGGGUGGAGAUGCUCCUUCAGGUAUACAGGACCGAGGCCUGACUUUAUCUUUUUAGAAAAUAAAUGUAUCUCUAGUUUCCACCAUAUGUUUCAAAGCAGCUUACAGAAAAAAUAAAACAUGUAAUGUGCAAAUUUGUAAAAAGCCUCCCAUAGGAGGGAUGGUGCCUGCUUGAUUUCUAAUGGGAGAGUGUUCCAUAGUGUUGGGCCGCUACAUCAGGGGUUGGCAAGGUCUACCUUGCCUGGGCUGGCUCACUCCAGCGGAGAUCCCUCCGUGAGGCAUCUGUGCAUGCGCAGAUGUGAUUUCCAGCACUGUGGAAGCAAGUCCCCGUGCUGUGCCAGUUUAGUGCAGCACAUGGGGACUCGCCAAGUGGGUGGCUCGUGGGCCGAUUAAACGACCCCCAUGGGCCGCUUGUAGCCCAUGGGCCUUAGGUUGCCGACCCCUGCACUACAUGAUCACAUUGGUCCUUGUCUUGCAGACAUGAGUCAUGCUCCCCCAGAUGAUGUCAGGACUAGAAAUAUAUUUCAAAUAUUUAGUUGCCACUUACAAAAACUUAAGUAUCUAUCUAUCUUUGAUUAUUCUUUAAGGCUUGAUGAUGGUUUACUUGCAGGUGGGAGAUAUCUACCCCCCCUCACUGAGGAGGAAAAUGUCUUCCUUGUCUGGGUUUUUUCCCCCUCCUUACACAUGGGACAAAGUAGAUAUGUUCAGCAUAAGAACCUGCUGUUCAUCUUGCCAGCUCCUUCGGAAUUUUAAAAACUGGCAUAAUUUGUAUAGUUACAGCAAUAAAACAUUUAACCCUAAACCGGAGAACAAAUCAUUAUUGUGGUUGGAUUAAUUGCACAUUGUAUGAUAAAUUUGCCUAUUCGGGAUUCCUUUUCUAAUACCCUGUAGUGCCAUCUUUCAGAUGACAAAUUUGUGUGGCAUGUUGUUUUGUCUACUCCCAACAUGAUAUCAUUGAUGCCCUUUUUUGAUUGUUUGUAGCCAGCUAAUUUUAUGAUACUGGCAAUAACCUCAGUUUAUCCAUUCUGCCUCCCCUUCUUGGAUUCUGGCCUGCUGGGAUGUAGGUGGUGUUCACAGUGUUAGUGGUUGAUGGUCCCCUUUAUGGAUCAAGCAUGAAUCAUUCAAGCUUCGUCCUCAGCAGUUUUAAGGUUAAAGGCUGUUCUGAGUCCCAAACAGCUCCGAAAUACGACAUAGUUGAAUUUUCUGUCUUUUGCCAGUCCAGAUGGCACAUAGCAGAUGCUCACUGUAACGUGGCUACCUCCAUGAAUACACACAUAAGAAGGCAAAAACUACCCUGAUUAUAAAUUAAAAGAAGAUUGGCACCGCCCAGGGAAAUAGCAGGAGACCUCGGAAAAGGUGCUACAGAAAUUAACAACACUCAGCCACCUGAUCAUUCCCUGCUGCUGUUGCCUGAGGCCUGUUCUGAUAGUUGGAGGGAGAAAGAGAGAACACUUGAGCACUGCUAUGUGCUUACCUGGGGUGAGAAGGCCCAGGUUGGCCUGGUAUGUGACAAAAGCCUUGAUGAAAGGUGGAAGCACCCCCUUUUCAAGGCUUCCUCUUUCUAAAGUGUCCAAAAUUUGAUAGGCCAGCAUAGUUUUAUAUUUUACUGGUCUUCUUUCUUAUAAUAGUGGUGCAAUGCAUGGGAAACAUCAACAAGAAGCUUCCCCAGUCCAUUUUAUCUCUAUACCUGGAAAAUCCUUGCAUGCUGAAUUCCUGGUACAAUGGUACCUCAGGUUACAGACGCUUCAGGUUACAGACUCCACUAACCCAGAAAUAGUACCUCAGGUUAAGAACUUUGCUUCAGGAUGAGAACAGAAAUUGCGCGGCGGCAGUGGGAGGCCCCAUUAGCUAAAGUGGUACCUCAGGUUGGACCUCCAGAACUAAUUAAGUUCUUAACCUGAGGUAUCGCUGUACCCAAAGCUUGCUGCUGAGAAAGCUCAAGAAUAGGGGUGGGUUCUUUUUUUUGAUUUUCAUUUUUGCUAACCAAAUGAUAGAGAUCAUUCAAAGAGGACAUAGGGACCUGUUUCAAUAGGACUGGGCCAUCUACCAUCCUAUAUAUACUUCUGCCUUCUCCAACCCUCCAGAACUUUUGGUUUGCAGCUCCUGUCAGCACUUAUCAGCGUGAUGGGAGUUGCAGUCCAGAGCAUCGGAAGGGCAUCAGGUUUGGGAAAGAAUUCCAAGAGAGGGGGCAGGUGACAGUAGCGCCAGGUGUCCUCGUCUGAACCUUUUUCUCCUUCCAUAUGGCCUCCUUCCAUUAAGUGAUUUGUGGGAAGAUUUUGAUUGGCUUACACUGGUUAAGGUAUUUUUAUGUUGUGUGAAAGGAUUUAUAUCCUGAAAAGUAGGAUAUUAGUUAUAAUUACGCAAAAUAAAGAAAUGGAUGGCUAUUAACACAGCAAAAGUGCUGCCCUGUAUAAGUGUCACCCAGUGGUUAUCCCUGUACAGUGGUACGUCAGGUUAAGUACUCCAUUCGUUCCGGAGGUCCGUACUUAACCUGAAACUGUUCUUAACCUGAAGCACCACUUUAGCUAAUGGGGCCUCCCACUGCAGCCGUGUCGCGGGAGCCCGAUUUUUGUUCUCAUCCUGAAGCAAAGUUCUUAACCUGAAGCACUAUUUCUGGGUUAGCGGCGUCUGUAACCUGAAGCGUAUGUAACCUGAAGUAUAUGUAACCUGAGGUACCACUGUAAAUGAAACAGGACAUACUUGCUCUAAAUGUGUUGGAAUAGGAAAUCUGUUGUGGUUUUUCACAGCUCUGGUCAAAAUGCCUUUGCAUUUGGUGGAUUUUAUAAUUUUGCAGGGUGGGGAUUCCAUAGCAGCAUCGUGGAUAGGUUCUCAAGUGUGCUUAGGCUGGGGAUACCUAGAUUUCAAUCCCCAUUUGCCCACAGAAAGAUUCUUGGAUGACCUUGGACAAGUGGGUGUCUCCCUUAUUUCUGUCUCUUAGGUCUGCUGUGAGGAUAAAGGGGAAGGGAUGACUGUGCGUACCACCCUGUGUAGGGAGAGAAGGAAGGAGGGAUGAAAAUAAUUACGCAAUCUGCCUUUCCCCUCGUUCCUCAUUGAGCAGUCUUUGCAAGGGGAGAUGUCACAGGAAAGGAAGGGCUGAUUUAUCAUUUUGUUCUGCUACUGAAAUCAGUGCACAACAAAAGCAUCCUAAUAGUAAAUAAAUAAAAUCACAAACAUCUCAAUCACAGUUGCAGCAUGCUCUUCCUUAAUACAUCUUAGGGCCUCUCCAAACUCGUGGUGGUGGUGGUUUUUUUUGGGGGGGGGGAAGGGGCAUAUUCUGUAACAUAUCAUUGAUACAAUAAUAGUGGAUUAGUGGUGGAUUUAUACUGGGCCAUCCACACAUCAUUAGCUCAGUCGGUACAGCAUGAGACUUAAUUUCAGGGUCAUGGGUUUGAGCCCUACAUUGUGUGAAAGAUUCCUGUAUUGUAAGGGGUUGGACUAGAUGGCCCUUGUGGUCCUUCCAGCUCUACAAUUCUAUGAUUUUAUGAACAAGAACUGAGCUUGUCCUACCUUGAAAUAGUUGCAAGAACAAACAGCAUUACAAGGGAGGUGGGUCACAAUUUCCCAAAAGCACUGUGAGCACAAAUCUUUAUGAAUGCACAAUAAAAGGAAUGUCUGGAGGGGCUGUUAUUAUUAAAAGUUGUUCAAAACAACUUAAAAUAACUCUUAGUAAAGUUUUAAUAUCGCUGGUUGGCGGCAACAGACACUUCAGUUUUGAUACUGAGGUGCCCGUACAGUUCUCACUUGAUACACAAUGCACACUGAUGUGCCAUUGAGUUGUGCAAGCUGCUCUGCCAACCGGUGGUGACGGCUGUGUUAGACAGCGCAUGUGAUCAGGAGUUGUCAACACCUGGUCAUUCCACACCAUAUUCUUGAUUUAAGUGGUGUGAUAUCGCAUGCCAUCCUGCCGCUCUCUGCGUUUGUGAAUCCCGAUGACAUGAAGACAUGGCCUUAAUUUGUCGCACUUGAGGACAAACGAGCUGCUCUGCACGCGUUGGUUUGCUGCUAAAUAAGAUCAAACAGAUAAGCUGGCUCCUUGGGAUAAAUAAACCCAGCAAGACUGGGCUAACCAUUUUGCUAAAGUACUCUUUUGAGAGCAGAGCCUUAAGCUGGCUAAGGUAAUUUUGACAGUGCUGAGGGCUUAAUUAACCUGACUCGAGUCACUGGUAGUGAACUUGUCCUGUGUGAUGUUUUUGGAACCGUUGCCAUUUUCUCAGUUGUGUGGGAAUCUUAAAAUGUGAGUAAUCUCCUUGGUGAGUAGCUAAUUUUACGGAAGCAGAAGGCAGCUUGCAGAAUCUUGCCCUUCUCCUCUCCGCCCUGCAAAAGCUGCUCCAGAGGAGGGUUCAAGGGACCUACCAAACACUGUGGCCUGGGGCUGCAGUCAGAUGGGGGCAUUGCCUGAAAUUGGGCAGUGGGAUCUUUCAAUGUUUGGCCAAGUUGCCUGAGGUUGGGUAAUUUCCCUCGUCUCACUGGAGCCUGUAAGACUUAGCUGACAAAUGUUCAGUAGGUUGCUGUCCCUCUUUCCCUCCCACCUUCAGAGAGGCUUUGACCUUUGAUCUCUGCACCAGGACAGAUCUCAGGAGUUUAACAGGGCAAGGUGGAGUGAGGAGGGGCAGAGAUUGGAAUGCGCUGAAGAGGAGAGAGAUAAUGCGGAGCCACAGAACAUAAAUUCUACACUUGGACCUCACAUCUUCUUAAUCUAGCACUGUUCUUGAGUAUCAAUUAGCCAUAAAACUAUUUAAAGGUAAUUAUUUCGUCAGCGGCUUUCCCAGUAUUAUAGGACUAUUAAAACCUUGCAAACAUCCCCCCCUCCCUUCACUCAAAGGUGAAGCGCAAAGUGAUAAUCGCAAAAGAAUCUUAAUGUGCCUGUACUUGCUAAGUUGUGGAACAGUUUUUGCUGUGUCUUCUCCCUUGCGCAAAGAAAUCAGGGUUGGUAGGUCUAGUGUGCUGUGUUGGAGCAAGCCAAUGAUGCUUAUCGAUUUGAGCUUGUGCAAAAGUGGAGGGGUGAUACCGGAUGGUGGUCCUGCUAGAUAGAUCAAGUGGUAAUAAAACGGCUACUUUUGGUACAGAAAUACCUUGCUUUUACUGACAGGCUGCAAUGACAAUUCCAGGCGGAAAGUUUCCAGCUUAUGGUAAUGCAAACAUAAGAAAUGGAAUAUAAUGGGAAGUACCUUGUGAAGAGGUAACUACAAAAUUCAGCUUUUUGGCUAUCUACACAAUAGCACUGUAAGUUCGGAUAGUAUUAGGGAUGAGUUGAUACCCCCAGUUUUACUCUUGUAAUAGUUCCACUGCAGCAGCUAUUGCACUGUGCAUUUUGUUGCACUCUGGUUGUCAGAAAAGGAGAAUGUUGGAAUGCUGAUGACAGAUUUUGUAAAUAUGUAAAGUGAGGGGAAAGACCCUGCUUUCUUGGAGGAAGAAAAUGCCUCAUUCCCUUUAUUUCCAGUGCUUAGUUGUAAAUAUGUUUGCUUAACCAUAAAUACCCAUACACAAGCGAUAUGUAUCAAUGGGCUUGGGGAAAACCUGAAGUUUGCAGAAGUAUAAAAUGAAAAAAACAUUUAGUUCAAAAAGAUCUUUAGAAACAAAACCCUAAAAGCUGGGGGCACCCUCCUCAGAGUCCAUUGAUGGGACUCUGAUUGGGGUGAUGCUCUGAUGAGCAUGCUCAGUGGGUACAGAAUCCUGGCUGGCAAGGGGGCAGAAACAGAAAACAAAGUGGAGGGGAGGGUACAACAUAGAGGAGGUCAUGACUGGUUUUAACAAUGAACAAGAGCACUCAACACUGCAACAUUUGUAUGCAUGCAUUUUGCCUUUUUGCAAUACUCCGUCGCAAAGUGUAAUAAAAAAGGGAAAGUAUGCAGAUUCUUUCCUGAUUUCAGAAGAUAGCUACAAACUUUUGAUAGAUGUCAGUAUUUAUGUAUGUUUGUAGAUGCUUCUUGUUGGUGGUGGAUAGUUACAUUGCUUUCUCUGUUUUCCUUUUAAAAAUUUGCCACUGCCCAUGGUGGCAGUGAGUUUUCGAGGGCAGAGGUAGCCUUAAUUUCUCCUUCCAAAAUGCCCCUGGGGUGAUGGAGGCAUAGCGUCUGCUGGCUACACCAAAGAGAUCUAUUUCCACCGCGAGUGGCUGGGCAAACCAUUCAAAGUCUACCCUGAAAUAGACCGUUUUUGACCAUACCAAAAUUGAUGCAUUCUCAUCCCCAUCCACCCUCCUCUGCAAAAUUUUCUACUUGUCAGUGGGUGUUGAAUUCUGGAGAGGGGGCGUUUCAUCUUGACAUUACCUCUUGAUGCUGCUGUCUGCAAUUCUGCAGCACAGCUGUUCUCCCUGAGUAUCUAUUUGGUCAAGCAGCAAUAAACACAGAGUGCACCCUUCGUGCGGAUUGUGGGCGUUGGACUCCUUGGGGGGUAAACACUGUCAUGUGCAAAUGUUGGGUGAAGUCAUCUUAUGCACGCAGAAGCAAGCACACACCCAACUCAAAACUGAGUGUACCACAUAUUUCUAAAUGACCUUCUUUGCUGUAAUGCUCUCAAGAGUGUAAUGUAGGAACACGGAAGGGACCAGAAGCCAAUCGAGGCGAGAUGCAGAAAAAUGUACAUGAGCAUGUUCUGGCCUCAACAUGUUAGGCUAAAUUCAUAUCCACUACACAAUUUCCUGUGAAUCCAUCUUUAGAUUUUAACUUGAGCAGGCAAACAACUUGUAAAUGCAGGUAACCGAAUGCUCUGUGGAAGGAAGAUUAAAUGCCUGAAUCUGACCAAGUUAAGGUAGAGACAGGAGGGGUGAUUUGAGAGUGGAACAGUUUUGGGGGAAACAUUUCCUUGAUAAUGUGGUGGAUCCAGAAUACUGUCAUGGACCCCAGAUUUUCAGAUAGCCAAGUGGAAAGAAGUCAAAUUAAAACAGGUGGGAAUCCAGGACAUCCCCAUCCCCAUUAUGCUGGUGACCUGUCAGCCUUCCAACAUUAAGAGUUAGAUCUGUAAGCAGGCUAGAAAACCUAGCAAAGGGUAUUCCCGAAGGGAUUUAGUUCCACCCAGACGUGAUGUGAAGCUUAAGUUUUGCAUGAUUCAUAUAUUUCUACCAUGCACACCCCAUCCAUGACCUGAGUCCUUUUGAGAAGUGGGUGGGUAGAGCCUGGAAUCUCACCAAAAUGAAAUGGAUAGUGGAUGACAUUAGCUAGCUAGUUAGCUAUGUAGGGAAUGAAAGCCUGCUAGAACACAUACUCUCUGUGUGAACGUAGAUACCAUUAUGAAUGGCAUGUCCAGUUGGUAAAAAAAGUUUGAAUGUAAAACAAAACAACAACCCCCAAACCAUGGUUUUGCAAUCAAAAGUCAACAACCCAGGAUCAAGCUUUGAGUUGGGGAGGGAAUCAGGAGGUUGACCCUGGUACAAGGUCUGGGAUGGGGGAAAGUGCAGGGUUCUGGCAGCAACAGACUUUGGCUUGGCUACCAAGGCCAACAGAAAAUUGUAGACUCCUGACCUCAUCAGUCUAACUCAGCAGGUAGGACAUUCACCCAGCACUUGGGCACAUGGAUUGUUGGCUGAAGCAUGGACAUGAUGGGUGGUGCACCCAAAUUUAAGACUUGUGUGUGAGUUGCAGACCCAGAUGGGGAGUUGCUGGUAAAAACUUGGGCCCCUGUGACCCUAGGGUGCUGGUGCUGAACGUGACAGAGGCAGUAGGAGGUAAGUGGGGCAUCUGGAGCAGGUGGGUCUGGUCUGACAAUUCAGUUCUAGACACUUGCCUACCUCACACUCACUGUGCUGUUGCUGACACCCUGACUUAGUGGGCUACAGGCAUGAAGACCAGCAAAUGUAUUUCAGCUCAUACUAGACUGGCGCUAUCUAAAAAUAAUAGAAUGUGACUUGUGGCAUAGUUGCCAAAAAAAGCUUGGGUCCUCUGCCUUGAUAAUUUUAUAGUUUCAUCCUAAAAUAACAGCUGUUAAACUGGUUUUAUUGCAAAGAACAAGGCAGUUCCUGAUUGUGAUCUGUGUUCUUUGUAGCUCUACAAAUAACUAGGUAUUGGUUUUAAGACAUUUUAACAAGUGGGACCUGUAGCAUUUGUUCUUCCAACUUAGCCAUUCAGUCUGGAUUCAGUUGGUUUUUUCACUCCCAAUAUUAUUUUCUACUUAUGCAAAUCUUUUAGUCCUCCCAACAAGCCUGUGGAUACCUCUUCUUGUGCAUGGAUGGUGGUGUUUUAAGUUAGGUAAGGGAGAACGGAGGACACUCUUAUUAUUUAGGAUAUGAUGCUUAGUACCUAAAUAGAGUAAAGUAGGUCAGGUUCUGGUUUGUCCUCCAUUUCCCAGUGCCAGGCAGACAUCCUGUUGCUGCUGGUAUUCCAUCAACAACUUUUGUUUCUAGACGCCUUUCAGGGUGCUCUGAGCUGCUUUGAGGAUUUCAUGCAGAGAAGCUGAGAGUUAACUGAAGUGUGGGCCUCGGCCUCCCCUACAGCGGUUCUUGCAAUCAGACAUAAAUAGCCUCUUAUGCCAGCGGCAGGCUCCAUGAAAGGAAUGUUUUGUCUGAAAGGCGUGGUAUGUGGCCGGACAGACUGAGCUGCUGCUGGAGGCUCCAGCUGGGGCAUGGCCAAGUUGUCCUUUUAAAAGCCUUGGUUCCCCCCUCCCCUUCUUCAUAUUGAAGUUCCAAGGAUCGGAAUUCCAUUUUUCUGCAUUAUUAUAAGCUUCAGCACAUCAGCGGGGUUGGGCAUGCGGGUGGCAAAACCUGAUAAUGACUUAAAUAAAAGAAAACGCUCCCACUUUAUGAGGAACAUCAUCUGUCCUUUUCUGUGCGCAUUGAACUGGUACAUGUCUGGUGCAGUGUAACCCCCAGCAUGCAUUGAUUUGGCUGGCAGAAUUCACAUUUCCUUUACUUUCCUAGGUUCCUGGUUCUUCUUUCCUCCACUCCUUUUCCCAAGUACAGGUUGGGUGCUUUUUCCUUUGCUACAACUACAUUAGGAUUGUUGGAGGCAGUUUCACUUCAGAGUGACCUGGACUUUAAACUCUGGCUUGAGGUCAUCAAGACCUUCAUACUGGGGCAUCAAACUGACACUGGAGUUUGCUUAGUGCUUCAAGGACAUGUUCAAGCUGGAAACUGCUGCAUUUACCAUGGGCUUAGGCUGUGUACAAACCAUACAAUUAAAGCACAUGGCUUCCUCCAGUAAACCGUGGGAAUGGUAGUUCACCCCUUGCAGAACCAAAAUGCCCAGCAUCAGUAACAAACUACAGUUCCCAGGAGUCUUUUGUAGAAGUCGCAUGCUUUCAAUGUCAAUGUUUACAGCCUGAAAUGGUUUUUAAAAUAACUUGCAUCUAGCUAGCUUGUUGCCUCGUUUUAGUUGGAUGUUCUUCCUCUCCCGGACACUGUAAAAGGUGUUCACUGAAAUGCAGGGUGUGUAUCCUGGAUUGUCCCCAUUAGCAAUGUCUCCUGAUGCUAAUGUGCUCAUUAGUUGCCCUGCUUGUAUUUGCACCAACAGGUCCUGCAUAUGUAUGAUAACCCUAAAUGAAUGACACUAACACUGAUGGAUGACUGUUGUGAGGAUGCAAACCGUCCAAGAACCACAAAUGAAAUUGCUGCCCAGGAUUUGGCACUGAGCGACUGGAGGGCCCCAAAUGGUCAAAAGACUCUGAUGCUUAUCACUUUAUUUGUUUGCCAGUGUUUGUUAUUUUGGUGAAUGCCUUUAUGUCGCAGUGAAAGGACAUCCUCAGUAUUCUUUUUUCCUUUUCUCUUUCUCACAGCAUUUCACUGAACUCCUCGAUGAGUUUUCCCAGGACGUUUUGGGGCAGCUCUUGAACGACCCCUUUCUGUCCGACAAAGAUGAGAUAAUGGAAGUGGAGCUGUCACCUGCUUCUCCCGCUCCCCUCAUCCAAGCAGAGCACAGCUACUCUCUUUGUGGUGACUCACGGCCACAGUCCCCACUAACCCACAUUUCAGCCGAUGAUAACUUCAAUGAAGGUAUGGGUUAAUGAGUUUUGGACUUGAAAAAAGAGUUUUUACAGUCUGGGAUAUUCUAGUUGGUUGUGUUUCCAUGGGAGCUUAUUUUUCAGGCGAUCUUUGAAUUUUCUGAAUGGCUAGGAAAUACCUGAAAGGGGGCUCCUCUCCCUGCCUUCCUAAGAUAUGGUGUACUCUAGAUUUCUCUGUGUCAAGGCUAAUAAUAGAAUCUUCCAUUUGAGUUGGUCAAGUGAGACUGACCAAGAGAACUGAGUUUGGCCUUUGUAAGUAAUUGUUUUGAGGUGUUGGCUGCCUCUCUGGAGAUCUGAUGUGGAGUUGGUGAUCAACUGGAGUGUUUACGCUCUACUUCCACCUCUUCUCAACCUGUAUAUUUGUAAAUAAUUUCAAAUACACACAGGUCCCUCUUUUCAAACACAAUGUGCUCCCAGGAAAUUGUUUGUUAGGCAAACUUUCGCAUCAUUUCAUGAUGGUUUCCAUUAUUGCCUAAGGGGACAUUUUCAUCCAUGCUUUCUGCCUGAAACUUCUGCAGCCAAUUUGCAAAGGCCAAGAAAGGGAAAUGUCAGAGCUCUCCUGCUCCCUGAUUUUCCGCUCUCUCUCUUUCCCUCCAUGCUUUCUGUCGGAAAUGUCUGCCAUUGACCAGCAAAACACAAGCAAGUAAGGAAGUGAGCGAACUGGCUGUUCAGAUAUCUAAAUCAGCCACUUGUGUAACAAGGUUUGGGUAUAAUUCUUUGUUUUUCAAGAGCAAGCGUUCCUAUAGCAGGACCUGCCAAAAAACCUGCUCUGACUUCCUUCCAAAGGAAACUAAACCCAGGUAAGCACUGUGAUCCCAGAACUUCUCUCUGCUCAAAGAAGUAGGGUGAAGGAGAGUUGAGAAACUACUUCUAGAAUUGUGCAUUUUGGAGACUAGAAUGUUAGGCGAGGUGCCUCUUUUGUCCCUGCAUGAGUCCCUGCAUAUAUGGUUUUUCUGCCCUACUGCCAAAUGAUUUUUCACAGAGGAGAUUCAUGUUUCCUAUCCUUGAAUAUGGUUUAACCGAGCCUUCCCCAACCCCCCCAGUUGCCUUGGACAACUGUGCUGUGAUGACUGUGGCUGAUGAGAGUGGUAGUUCAAAACAUCUGGAGGGAACUCGGUUAGGGAAGGCUCACUGAAUGCAUAUUGAAUUGGUGAGCAGACCUAUAUUUGCAUUUUUUAAAAAGAUGGAUCUGCGCUCUCUCUCUCUCUCUCUCUCUCUCUCUGUGUGUGUGUGUUUGCUAUAUAGGUGUCCCAGUCUUCUCUGAAAGGUGACUUGCAAAAUAAGGCAGAGUGAAGGUGUGCAAAUUCAAACUAAGUGAAGUUAAGAUGCAAGUUCGUUUUUAAGAUGCAAGUAUCUGAAAGGAUACUGCAAUGGAGUCUGCUCAGGUGCAUUUUGAGAGUCACAGAUUAAAAAGGCAGAUGGAAAGGGAUGAGCUAGAUAGGAAGGAAUAUGAAAUAUUACAGGAAAGGAGAUUGAACAGAAUUUGCAGGUGGUCUCCUGCAGUUCUGUGGCCUUUGUCAACUCCUGUGAAUUAGUAUACAAGUGUGAAAACCAGCCGUAUGUGCUGCUAAAAACCAUCUCAGAGCAGCUUUAUAUAACAGUAACUGUCAGCUAUCAUACUUGCCAGAAUUCCAAGUGGUAAUUCACGACUUGUAUUUUGUUUCUUGAAUGAUCAAGUACAUGCGAUAUCUAUAUCCAACACGUUUCUAACAUAAGGAUUCUUUUAAGUGACAUGAAAAUGAAGCCUGAACAUUGAAGGGUGCAAACUGCAACUAUCAUAAUUCUUUUUAUAUACCUCUUUCAGGCAGCCAUGUCUUGAAUACCACAUACAGCUCUAGCUGUCUCUUUUGAAAAGGGUAUCAUAGGUCUCAGUGGCAUAGCGUGGGUUCCAGCACCCAGAGUAAGAGCAAGAAACCCAGAUGGGCGGGAUAUAAAUAAUAAAUUAUUAUUAUUAUUAUUAUUAUUAUUAUUAUUAUUAAGUGUCCCUCAUAACCAUCCACUAAUAGGCUGCAACGAAGGGGCAAUAGCUUAGCGACCUACUAUUUUCUAUUUUUUUCCUUUAGAAAUGUUUGCACCCCUCAGAAUUUUGCACCCAGGGCAGCCGCCCCUGUGGUCGUGCCACUGGUAGAUCUAGACAAAGAUUGAGACAAUGGAAGCUGACAUGAUAAGGGCCUGGAGCAUCUUUCUGUCAAGGAAAUACUUGCAAGGAGGCUUCUUAAGUUUAGGAGACGAUUGCUUGGAUGGCAAGGCUGGAGGUGGUGAGAGGAGAUGAAGGCCAGACCUAUGCAAUAGAAGAGACCCUGUCUUGGGCUCCAGCCAGUCUAGCAUGUGAAACUGGUGGGGUCAAUGUUGAAUGUAGCAGACAGGCAGGAUCGUGUGAGGUAGAAUGAGGAUGUUCUUCAGCCGUAUUCGUCCCCUUACCAUUCAGGUCAUGAAGGGGAAACCUCUGGGCUGUGUCCAGAUUCUGGCUCCCAUCAGCCCCAGCCAGGUAGGCCAAUGGUCAGGGAUGAUGGGAGUUGUAGUCCAACCACAGCUGAAGGACCUCAGGUUCCCCACUUCUAAUUUAGGACUUUAUGGGGAAGAAAAGACUGUACAGUCGUACCUUGGAAGUCGAGAGGGGGGAUAAUCUUUUUUACUAAAUUGUUACUAUGAAUGAUUGCCCGCCCUUCCCCUUAAGGUCAGGAGUGCGUUACAGCAACAGCAUUCAUGGCCUAAUGGAAACUAGAAGGAAAAGCAGACUUUCAGCAGCAUUUUAGGGAAGGCCGAUAUGUGAGGAACUUGAUGUUAUCUUCCAAAACACAAUAUUUAUCGUGCAGAUCCAGAGUAAUUGCUGGUUCACGUUAUAUAGUUGCCUUUUAAUUUGGUGUGCUUUUAAUUAUGCAGUCAUUGGUUCCCAUUUCCGUGCGGCUUUUUUCUGGGAGUGUGAAGCAGGCAUUCCCAGCAUCCUUUUCUCCCCCCACCUAAAAAAAAAAAGUCUUGUGAUGAGUCAUACAUCUGGUGACUCAUCAAACACUUGCUUUACUGCUCCAAGCGAUGAUGCCUACAUAAAACUCCUGCAGAGAAUGGAGGUGGAUAAGAGCUUAAGAAGUGGCAUGGAAAUGCCCCCCCCCUCGCCCCCAGAAUCCACCUCAUAUUUUUCCCCUUUCUUCCCCAUGUGGAUUCAGUUCUGUCUAAAGGGCAAAAGGUUCCCUUUAAAAAAAAAAAAGUAUAAUUGAAAAUUGAAUCUGGUUCCUAUGGCAACAGAGUCCUGUUUGAUUCCCCCCCCCCCCCAUAGAGAAGUUAGAUUGCUUUAAAUAAAUGAUGGUCACACUUUUGUCAUCAGGAAGCCCCCCCCCCCCCCAAGAAGCACCAAUAUGAGGAUUGCAUUUUUGCCCUCAAGGGUAUGCAUUUAUUUAUUUUUUUAGAUGGAGGAAUGCAUGAGUUGUAAGGGACCCCAAGGUUCAUCUAGUCUAACCCCCAGCAAUGCAGGAAUCUCAGGUAAAGCAUCCAUGACAAAAGCCACUUGUGGGCAUUUUAUGAACACGUGUCGUUCAUAAAUGAUGCUGUGCGCUUUGUGCAUUGUACCUGGGGAUUUGGUUUCUCAGUAUAAUUAAUGUUUUGAAGUGGCCCUGGCUUGUGGGCCAGCUGUUUUUGCUUUUUUGUUUUAAGUCGAAAUAGAUUACAGCCUGAUGAAACUAAUAAUGUAUUAAAAUAGCCUGGGGUUGUUUGUUUUUUUAAAUGUCUGUUGCUGGCAUCAAACAAUGUUGGCAUCGGGCAGCAACAUUUUUAUUUUCCCAGGCUUUUAAACAGAUCAUUAUUUUAAUCAAAUUGUUGCACUCUUUGCUAAAUUGUUUUGAUUACUUUAAUUUGUGUUUAUAGUUCAGCUUUUCGGAAGUCAGUUAAAAACUUUGUUUUGUUGGCCUUCCAGAUGGGCCAUAAACCUGUUUUUCAGUUUCAUUGGCUUAAAAAACAAAAACAAAAACAAAAAAACCUUUCCAGCAUGCUAGCUGAAUUGGGAAACCCAUAGGUCAAAAAGCAAUGCAUAGAUUGACUUAUUUUAUACUUUUAUAGAACCUCUGUGGUUUGUUGUAUGUAUGUAGGUUAGGAAGUCUGAGUAGGUCAUUCUAAUAGUACAGCUUCAAAGUAGUACGCUGUGGAGACGGAUGUCGUUCAGUGGGGGAGCCACAUGCAUUGCACCCAGAAGGUAUGAGUUUCAAUCCCUGAUACCUCCCAUACCCUCUGCCAGUUACACAUAGAUAAGGCUGAAUUAGAUGGACCCAAGGUCUAACUUAGUAUAAGGUAGCUUUCUCUGUUCUGGAGCUGACCCAUGGCUCAGAUUAUCGCCCUUGGCUGCUCUCGAGCCAAACUGAUGGCAGACCAGAUGUCACAGUGAUAUCAAACUAUUUUUGUCUGCAAGGGCCUUAUAUACUUACUUUACCAAACCUGUCCUAGGCCUGACACAGCUUGCCUUGAAAUAAUUCUCUCCUUGAUACUGGCACUUAAAAUACUAAAUUGAUUGAUGUCUGUCUGUGUACGUGUGCUGUUCAGUUGUACCAAGUUCACUAGGGAAGCGGGUGGCGCUGUGGUCUAAACCACUGAGCCUCUUGGGCUUGCCGAUCAGAAGGUCGGCAGUUUGAAUCCCUGUGGCGGGGUGAGUUCCUGUUGCUCUCUCCCAGCUUCUGCCAAUCUAGCAGUUUGAAAGCAUGCCAGUGCGAGUAGAUAAAUAGGUACCCCUGCAGUGGGAAGGUAAACAGCGUUUCCAUGUGCUCGGGUUUCCGUCAUGGUGUUCCGUUGCCCCAGAAGUGGUUUAGUCAUGCUGGCCACGUGACCCAGAAAGCUGUCUGUGGACAGACACAGGCUCCCUCGGCCUGAAAGCGAGAUGAACCCAUAGUCACCUUUGACUGGACUUAUUUGUCCAGGGGUCAAAUAAGUUCACGUCAGCCUCCUGAAGUGCUUUUUUUGUGACUAUACUCACUGGUGUCUUUCUUUGUUGCCUGUGGCAGCCAUUUUGUGAUGGCACCCACAGCACCUUUGUCUAGAUAUGAGUACCAUCAUCUCAUUUUUACCAGGAAAAGAGAGAAACACAUGCAGGCACUGGUAUUGACCAUGGCAACCUUGAAAUUAGUAACUUUGAGGGUAUGUGACUGUGGUGGUGGUUGUUGUUGUUUUUUAAAAUAAUUUUAGACAGUUUUUAAAUGUCUUAAUCGCUUUAGUUGUUUUUUUAAAAAAAAUUGUUUUCAAAUAAGUUUCAUUUUAUUUUUGCAUUCUUAAAGAAGCAGCUCUGCUAUGGGGAAAUCAGGUUCUAAGACCAAACCCUGGCAAAAAUGGAGCCUUGGUCUUGUCAGUUGAAUUGGUGAUUCUUUCCUUGUAAAAGUGUUCAUUUCACCCAUGCACUUGAGCUCCACCUUCCUUCCCCUCUCUGUUUAAUCAUUCCACGCUGCCUCUCUGGAAUAAGGUUCCAGUGUUUGGUUGCUGCACAGUGGUGCCUUUGUCAGGAGCAAGCCAGCAGCUUGUCUUUCAUUAUCUGUGGUGGUAGCUGGAGCAGAAGGAAGGGAGAGGGUGCGUGGGUGGGGAAGAAACCCCUGGCCCUGGACAACCGCUCAAAGAGACUAUUUAUAGAUGAAUGCAGCCUCUCACCUGGCAGAACAGAGGGGCGAGGCUAGCAUGGCAGAAGCAGCACAAAGGGAUUUUUGUCUGCCUUGGCAUGUUGAGUGAAGAUGCUGCAUGGUAUGGCACAGGGAGGCCUCAAACACUGUAACCGGCACAGUAAUAUUAUUAUUAAUUUCAUUUAUGAAUAGCUUCCUGUGAAGCCACUUGAAGCAAUAUCACAAUACAAUAAAAGCGGUUGCCUAUAUAAAAACAAAAACUAUUGCAUGUAUAAAAACAAUUCCAAACAGAUUCAGAUGCUAACGGGGAUGAAAGUCUCAUCUUGGAAGGCUUGUUGCUGAAAAGGAACAAUCUCCGACAGGCACCAAAACACAACAAAGACUGUGUGUGGCAGGGAUGUAAUGGGAAGAAGUUUGGUUCUGACAUUAUGCAGGAUGGACCACGUCAUUGGAUGGUAUCUUCAGGUUGUCAUCUUCCGCGGAAUGCCGCGAGUGUUUGGGUGUGUAAGGUACAUGUUUUUAAUAUACAGUGGUACCUCAGGUUAAGUACUUAAUUCAUUCUGGAGGUCUGUUCUUAGCCUGAAACUGUUCUUAACCUGAAGCACCACUUUAGCUAAUGGGGCCUCCUGCUGCUGCCGCACUGCUGGAGCAUGAUUUCUGUUCUCAUCCUGAAGCAAAGUUCUUAACCUGAGGUACUAUUUCUGGGUUAGCAGAGUCUGUAACCUGAAGCGUAUGUAACCUGAGGUACCACUGUAUCAACAUCUGUGGUUGAAAGGAGCUCAGGUGAGUCAGAGCUAGUCCAAUACAUGAUCCUGCUGAAGGCAGAGGACAUCAGCAGCAUCCUUACCCAUGACUUCAAAUGGGGGGGGGGGGAAUCCAUCAGGACCUUUUUCUCCAUAAGAAGUUAAAGCAGGAUUCUUGCAUAGCUCUCAUUUAAGCAGGGCUUGUGCAGGAGAAAGGAAUGGACUUUCCCCCCUGGUUUUGAUUUGUAUAGACCAGGCAACGUCUGCCCAAGAUGCCCACCUUGCCCUGUAGCUAGCUGUGUGGAGAAAGGCCUGUGCCUAAGACCCUGAAGAGCUGUUGAGCUCAGAUUUAUUGGAAUCAUCGAAUCAUAGAGGUGGAAGGUGCUUCCAAGGGUCUAGUCCACCCUGCAAUGCAGGAGUAUUAAUGGUCCGUAUUGCUAAUGCAAGCCAACUCUUUAGCAAAACAUCAUGAGCACGUAUCUUGAGCAAGGGAACAGUUGUCGCUUAACCUGCCUCUUGUGGACAGGGCCCCCUUUGCAGUAUGCAUGAGGGGAGGGGAAGGAAGUUAUAGGAAAGAAUAAACGUUUCUUGCUUCCUCUGUCUUGCACAUAAACCUCCAAGGACGAGCAAGACUCUUACAUGGAGUCCUGAAGCACCACGUUUAUUGGAUAUAGAAUUAAACACCUGCUGCCUGUUGCUGCUUACGUGGUAACAGGGUGUUCUUUUCUAAACUAAUUUGCACACCAUUGAUUUAUAUUGCAUUGGAGGGCAUUAAAGACUGGUAUUCCUUUGGAAAACUAAAUGUACAGCAUUGCAGAAAUGCAAGGUCAAGUUAUAAAGCAAGAUAUGGACUUCAUACUUAGGGAACUGAAAGCCCUCUUUGGAAGGACAUAUGGAGGAACAACAUGCAUAUAUAUCAAAGGAAAUACAGCUAACUUAUUAAAGAGCGUAACGUAUUCCAUGGGUUUGAUGUGCAGUACAAUCGGCUCUUCAGAGGAGUUUGUGUGUGUGAGUGUGUCUGCGCACCAAGAAUCUCUUGAGCAUAGAUUCUAUAUAUAAAAAUUAUGGUUACCAUUCAUUAUAUAGUUAUUCUUCUUGGCAGAGCUUGGAUUACUGUUUUGAAGUGUCUAAUUACAGGAUGUAUACAUAUUUAUUUUUGCUUGUAAUCUUUUUGGCCUGGCCUAUCGUUAUUCAAAUUACAUCUUCCUUUGCCAGCAGGGGAGGUUAAGAUUACACCACAAAGUAAUUACUAGCAUCAGGCCAACGCAGUCGCUCCCUCCCUCCCUCCUUCCUUCCUUUCUCGUUGCUGCUCAUUUUGAAGGCCCCCGGAGCAGCAGGCCGCAGGGCUCUUUUGCUCUUGAUUUCCACUCUUCUUCUGCCUUCGUGGCCAAAGCGCGUGGUAAUUGCAUUCUGCUGCAAUAAGUAUCUCCCUGAGCUGAGAUCUUCUGCAUAUCUCAUUUCUGCUGAAGAGGCGUCGUUGGCAAAGAUAACAACAUGUAUACUGCCUCCGAUGCAGCUUCCGGGUGAUAUGUUUUGGCAAAAAGCCAGGGGGGGAUGAGGGUUCCGGUGGCUGCUCACCUUGAUAGAUGGAAAGGCUACCAGAAUGCCUUGAGUCGAGACAAUCUAUGGUGGCUGAGGAGGCUGCAGCCUUCCCAGAUGUUGCAAGACUACAACUCCCAUCAUUCCCGAUGGUUGUCCACUCUGGGUAGGUCUGAUGGGAGCUGGAUUCCAACGACCUACAGAAUGCCACAGGUUUCCCAACCUGGCAUUAUCCCAGCGAUCACUGAUAUGUUAAACUCUGUUGGUGUGAGGACCUCAUUUUCCAGAGAGCAAAGUGGGUCUUGCUUUUUGGAAGUGGUUUCUGCUCAGAUCUUGGGAGCUGAUGCAAAGAAAGCACAAUGCCAACGGCAGCCGGGUUCUGUUGGCAUGUGCGGACCCCCGGCUGCUUUGUCUAAUGGCUUGUUUAGUCUUGUUUGCGGCUUCUGCUUGCAGCGUUCAGUAAUUACCUCAUUUUUCUGUCCUCCGCCAAUCCACCUUCACCCCAGGGCUAUGCUUAGGCUACCGUUUAAAGCCCCAGGUUUCCGUAUGAAGUAAUAGCCUGGAAGGGGAGGGUAGAAAGGCUUUGCUUAAUGAGUUAAAUGCUUUCUCUCCAGGCUUCCUGUCCUUGGCUGGGGUUUGCUUUUGUGAGCUUCUUUCUCCCCUUUCAUUUCUGCGAAAGUCUUGCCGGUUCCGACUGCUGGUUCUUAAUAUAUGCCUGUGCCUCUCUCUCUCUCUCUCCUCCCCCCGCCCCUCAAUCCCUUUUCCAGCAGAUUUGGAAAAUGACAACUGGUGUCUGGGCUCAGAGUUGUCUUCAGCAACCAUCAAGACAGAACCCACCACGGGAGAUGCACCAGGCCUUGCUCCCUCGGUCAGCCUCACCGCCACAUCCAGCCCUGCGAGUCUGGAGGCCGAAGAGCCUCAGAUGCAAGAUGAUGGCAUGGUACUGUUUGGGGUUACUUCCCUUCAUGGUGGCUUAACUGGCUCGACACGGAUGGUGUCGUCGGCUAAUGAGGUGUAAUGUUGUGGUUAGAGUGUUGGACCAGGGCCCGGGAGACCUGGGUUCAAAUCCCCACUGGUCCAGUCAUCUCUCAGCCCUACCUCACAGGCUUGUUGACAGAAUAACAUGGGGAGGGGGUGAACCCUAUGGACCACCUUGAGAGCCUCAAAGUGAAGGUGGGAUAUAAAUGAUUGGGGAGGGGGGAAAUGGGAGCAUUCAGAAGUGGAGACCUGUUUGUUUUAGGCAGUGGUUCACUUUUCUAUACAAAUGGUAGCCUGCUUUGCUGCAUGGGGGGAGGACUUGGUUUCAUAGAGUAUGACACUGCCCUUGCCUAGUUCUUCAUCCUUGCAGAAGGGAAUUGCCACAAGGACUCUUUGGCAUCUCAUGAUUUCUGUCUAUACUUUUCAUUCGAGUUGGUCAGAGAAGUAUUUUUCAUUAUCUAUUAGAUUUAUAUACCGCCCUUCAUCACAAGAUCUCAGGAUAAAAACACAGUGGAACCUCUGUAUAAGUCCGCCCCGUCCAGCGUCCAUUUUGGUGGAUGUCCGUGGCAAACCCGGAAGUACCAGAACGAGUUACUUCUGGGCUUGCCCUUGCGCAUGUGCAGAAGCGCAAACUGCUCCGCGUGUGUACGCAGAGUGGUGCUUUGUUGAGCACCCUUUUCGUUGAGCUUCCAGGGCUCUGGAACAGAUCCCAGACUCAAAACAAGGUGCCACUGUGCAAGGUAAAAGCACCAGUAAGUAGUUAAAAACAACAAAACAAUACCGCCACACACACAGACACAUUUAAAAGGCUGUAGAAUAUUAAUCCGCCUUAGGAAACAAAAAAAGAGAAAUGCAAAAUACAAAUUAACCCCUCCUCCAUUGAACAACACCCCCCAAGUUAAAACCCUAUCCCCAUUAAAACCAUAAGUUUAGCACAAGGGGGCUACAUCCAAAAGGACAGUGCCCUUUGGUAUUGCCCCUUCAGUGGUAACCCUCCUGGGGCAGCCCCACCCCCAAGGCAGGCAGGCUUUAUAGAGCUGCCCCAUGUCUAGCUGGGGCAGCAGGUGCCCCAGCCACAGUCCUUUCCAUGGUAGGCUGGCCAUUUAGGCAAGUAGAAAUGCACUGCUGCAUAAGAGGGUGUGGACUUGCAUAUAAUUUGCAUGCACGAAUAUGUUUUUUGUUUUUUUGCAGAGGCAAAUUGAUAAAUCAUUGCUAUAAUUUAAGUAGAAACACAGUCGUCUCUCCAUGGUGAGGAAGACUGUAACUAGGCGGCCUGCAUGAAUUCUCAGUCUGCUUUCCUGAUGCAACCUCCAGGCUCCUGCUGCUCCCCUUUCGUAGGGUUCUUUAAAGCAGACUUUAAAGGUCUGUUUUCUGUAAAAUGGGAUGCCUGGCUGCCUCAUUCUAUGCUGAUUGUCUUGCUUGUCUGGAUUAACAAAUUAUGAAACUGGAAAGAAGGUGGGUUCUCUCCGAAAGUCUGAUGUCUCUUUCAACCCUUUUGUCUUUUUAGACCAAGCCGCUGAGUCACAAAGCUUUUCCAGAGAUCAAACUGGAGCCGCAUGAAGUGGACCAGUUCCUGAACCUUUCUUCCAAGGAAGGUUUGUUUUGUACUGCUGAUUUCUCUCCACAUGAUGGGCAGCAAGGGAGAAGAGGCUUGGGCCCCUAGCUGUUGUUGGACUACAACUCCUAUCAUUCCAGUGGUCAGGGAUGAUGGGAACUGUAGUCCUUUAGUGCUGCUAACAGAGCGGUUUGACUUCACCCCUGGAGGCACGCUGCAUUGUCUCUCGACAGACAGAUGCAAACAAAGAUAUACUGGUCUUAGACAUAGCAACCUCCGGUUUCCUCAUUGGCCUGACUUGAAGAAAGAUACUGUGCUUUCUUAAAACUGCCGUUUCCUGUGAUCUGCAAACCUGGAAACGGUGGUUGAAGCAAAGCUUUCAGCCUAGGUUCUGAUCUUAUUUUGUAAGCAGUGCUUUAGUCCUAACUUCCUGGUUCUGAUGCCAUGGGAACUGUGAUUUAAUAAGCCAAGCAUGUGAGGGAAGGGGGGCGGGGGACAAGGCUUUUUUUGUCUUGGUUUGAGAAAGUUGCAUCAGAGCUGGUCCACCAUUUUUUCUAAUGCUCUAAGACACACUUUCUGUUUGUCUCCCUUGCUCCUUUCUCCAUCUUCUGUCUCUUGCAGCAAUGGACACCCUGCACAUGCCUCCGACCCCUCCCAGCAGCCACGGAAGUGACUCAGAGGGCGGCCAGAGCCCAACCAGGUCCCUCCCACCAUCAAGUCCCAAACAGUUACAAGCCACGGCUAAAGUGACCUCGCACACGGCUUCCGCGCUCACCAAUUCCCCUCUCUUAACGGCACCACACGUAGGGGACAGUUCUCUCUCUCUCUUAAUGAAUGCCAUGUGUUUGAUUCGCUAUAUUUUACUGUCAUCACUCUGACUGCAUAUUACAAUGGAAAUCUCGUUCAAAAUUCCUCCUGUUCCAAGAACAAGGUUGGUUUGUUUUAGCAGAUGAAGGCUAGUUCUCUCAUUGAUACCAGGUAUCACUGGAGGGUGAAAAAGUCCCGGCACCGAGUGACCACUAGCACAUGAAAAAUUGGGCCUGGAAAUUUACAUCUGACUUGCUGCAGAAAAGUGAAAAUGGGCUCCUUAUUUGCAAAGAAAAUUGUGGCUCUGCAGCUCAACUGGUCUCUCUGCUUUCCUUAUACCUACUUAGGCCAUUGGUCUUUACAGCUUAGUAUCGUCUACGCCAGGGUUUCCCAAACUUGGGUCCUCAGCUUGUUUUUGGACUACAAUUCCCAUCAUCCAUGACCCUGCGAGCUAGGGAUGAUAGGAGUUGUACAAAAACUUGGAGACCCAAGUUUGGGAAACCCUGGUCUGCACUGGCUGACUUGCAUCAGCUCUCUAGGAUCUCAGACAGGAAAAUUUCCCAGCCAUAGCUGAAGACACAGGGGUUUGAAAUGGGGACCUUCUGUAUGUAAACUCUUCAGCUGAGCUCCUGCCCUUCCCUUAUUUAAGACAGUCUUUUCAUUUGGGUGCUUCUGUUCAGAAAUGGAACUUCAGCACACCUGAAUCAAGGGAUUGAAAACUUUUCCUUCCACAUGUUUUUGGACUCCCAACUCCUACUAACCCCAACCUAUGUGGCCAGUGGUCAGAGGUGGUGGGAGUUACGAGUUCAGCAACAUUACCUGGAAGGUGAGUGUAAGCUCUUAGGCCACAAUGGUCCCCACCUUUUUACAGGAUAGGUGGAAAGAAAAACAGGGUUUGUGGAUGCAGUUCUGUCUAAACCGUCAGUCCUGGAUAUGCUGGCAUGGGAAAGAGUCUGUUCCAGAGGCUGGGAAGUUGAUGAUGAAUGCAACAGCAGAAUCUCUCCUAAGCAGUAGAGCAGUAGAUCUGUAGAACCCAAAGAGCUGGAAGGACAGAACCAGCAAAGCAAGCUCAGUGGUUUCCAGUUUCCAAUGGGUCCAUAGUAUUAUUAUGCCUCUAUGUACAGAGUUGGAAAGAAACCUCAAAGGUAAUCUAGUCCAGUAGACAAUGGUGCAGGAGACCCCACAUUUCAGCACCUGUAACAGGUGGCUUUCAAGGCUCUGCUUAGUAUAUUACACAUAGAAAAAUGGACUUUUUAGAGCAGCAGCCUUUAGAGCAACACACCUUUGGAAAAUAGAUCCCCAUUUCAGUGUUUUCUGGAGCUCUUUGCAUGCAUAUCGCCAGCACUUGAGUUCACUGUUACGAAUACAAUUGUGACAGAAGACUUUGCUCUGAGAAUGCAGUUCCUGUCCAUAUUUAAGAACCUUAUUUUCCUCACCCCCCCCUUCGCUCUAAUCCAUUGUCUUUGUGUUUGCCGUAGAAAUUGCAGGGCACAGGUCCCCUGAUCUUGACAGAGGAGGAGAAGAGGACCUUGAUCGCAGAAGGGUACCCUAUCCCUACCAAACUGCCCCUAACAAAAGCAGAAGAAAAAGCACUGAAGAAGAUCCGCAGGAAAAUAAAAAACAAGGUAGGAGUUGCUAUUAAACAACUUGGACUUAUAUUCAGGGUUGUUGGGGGUUUUUUUGUCGGGGGAGGGAGGACUUGGGCAAGAUGCUCCUGGUGAACCACCUUCUCUGGGCAAGUCUGCUACUGUUGCCGGCAUCAGUUUUCUUGCUGCCUUUCUCUGGACCCAGAAGGUGAGGCUGCUGUUCCGUCUUGCUCCUGCCAUUGCUUGCUCACUCGGAGGUCAAGUGAGCAGACAGCAGUGAGAAGGACCAGCAGGCUCCAAGUCCUGGCAGCCUUCCUUCCACUGAGCCUCUGGGGUUGGCCAAGCGCCAGAUAAUGUUGGCCCUGUUUUGUUUCUCAUACCAAGGAACUCUGUUAUCACCUUCGGUGUAUUUGUUCAGGGUAUUUGUUACACUAUUUUCCCACGGCAAAAUCUGCCCACUGCUAUGCCUAUAUAGAACAAAACACGAUAAAGCAGAACAACAUUUCAGGGCAAUCUGCUAGCAUUAUGAAAGACACGUCUGCAAAAUUUUAACAGGGUCGCCGUGAGGUUUUUAAAGGGUCAUAGAACGGCAUUUCAAUAGGCCAAGCAAAAUAACUCCUGUUAAUCAGCUCUGUGUUACAUCAAGAUGGAGCGAUCUGCUAAUCGUUCAUACUAAGGCCUAACAAUAGAAAUAGAAAAGAACCCAAUGCAAAUUGCAGCAAACAUAGUCUUAUCUUAUCCAAAACUUGUUCUUGGUCCCGAGGCCACCAUCCUCCCAGACUGGGUGGGAGGGGCCAGAAAGAGUCGGGAACCGGGUCUUUCAGAAAUACAUAGCCAGAUGCUAUGCCAAGAUGGGGAGACACUGUCCUCCAGAUGUUUCUGGACUACAGCUCCCAUUAUUCUUGACCAUUGGCUAUACUGGCUGGGGCUGAUGGGAGUUGGAGUCCCACCAUAGGCUUCCCAUCCCUGUCCUAUAUGCUGUCGCAGUGCUGUGAUGGUUCUUCGAUCGAGAUGGCUAAAUGGUGACUUUGUAAGUUUGUCUGGUCCGUGAUCACUUUCAUUACAAAUCCUUGCACCGAUAAGAGCCUAUGACGAGCCUGCUAGAUCAGGCCAGAGGCCCAUCUAAGCCAAUAUCCUGAUCUCACUGUGGCCAAUCAGAUGAGUGUGGGAAGUACGCAAGAUGGACAGGAGCAGAACAACACACUCUCCACCUGCAAUUCUCACCAACUGGUAUUGAGAGGUGAUUCCUCUGGCAGUGGAGAUGGAACGUAGCCGUUGUUGAUAGCCUUUUCCUGCACAAAUUUGUCGUCUUCUAAAUCCGUCCAAGUUGGUGACCAUCCCUGCCUCCAUAUUUUAACAAUGUGGUGCAUGAAGUUUCUUUCGUUUAUCUUCCAACAUUCAGCUUCAGAUGGGACACAUUAGUUGAGUGCCCCCACUGUCUUCAGAACACCCCUGUGAGGUAGGCUAGGCUGAAAACAACUAGCUCAACAUCUAAGCUAAGUGAGGAUUUGGGCCCAGGUCUCCCUGGUUGCAGUCUGAAAUUUUAACCCCUGUACCUAAACACUUGCUCUCUGGUAUGAAGCUGGGCACCCUACUGUGGCAGUGAGGAGCUGGAGUGGCAUGGGCAACACUCCACUGUGACAUGAGACAUGAUUUUACAGCUUAAAGCUGAAGUUGCUUUCCUUAUCCAUUCCUGAGUUCUAAUUCUUCUUUUAGUUAUGGCCUUUGUUAGGUGUGUAAUCAGUGCUUUGCAUUUCUCCUGUAGAUCUCUGCCCAAGAGAGCAGGAGGAAAAAGAAAGAAUACAUGGACAGCUUGGAGAAAAAGUAAGCUUGCCAGAAUGACCUGUACAAGAGAAAGUUGCAUUCUGGAAUGCAGAAUCCCAGCCUCCCCAUUCCAUUCCCUCUCCUGCCUGGUUUUCUGUUCUCAUUCUUUCCCAAGAAACAGUCAGCCAUCAUUCCAUGGUGACUUAAGCAUGUUACGUCCUCAUGGGGCUGUUUGCGGAUCCCCCCCUUCCCUGUUUUUUCCCCCUGCAAAUGGUUGGGGUUCCCCCAAAGCUGCUGCUGCUUCCCUUAAGUGCCUGGGUGUUGCUUUUUUGGCUUCAUAAGCAACAGCGCUCACAGCCUGAACAUUGGAAAUAGAGGGAAAUGUAGCAAGAUUGCAGUGACGGCUGUGGAAGGGGUAGACAAAAUGGAGGCUUCAUAACGCAGUGGUAGAGCAGUUGUUUUUAAUGCAGGGACUCCUAUCUUUGGCUGAAAGGAUCUCUCUGGGAUAAAAAGCUCAGAGACCCCUUCACUGAGGCCCUGAAGAGCUGCUGCCUUUCUGAAUACGGUAGAAGGGCCAGCAGCAUGACUCUAUUCAAGCCAGAUUUAUAUUCUCACCAUGUUUAUUUUGAUGCCAGCAAGGAACCAACAUGGCCACAAAGCAUUGGAGCUGUGUGUGUUUCACAUGCCCCCUCGUGGCUGCUCCUGGAAAUACUACUAUUGUUAGCACAAGAAAACAAGCUAUAGCUGUUCAAGCACUUGGAGGUAUCAUUGCAGCCCUGUCAUGGUCUGAAAUACCUAUGCUCAGAACAGAAUUUGGCACAGAAUAAGCUGCUGAGAUUAUUUCCUUCUCUUGUUCCGGCAUCCCGGCAUCUCCUCCUCCAGCGUGCAGUGCAACUCUUGCUUACAAAAUUGAUGCACGCACUCUUGCCGUGGUGGCAAGGGAGAGUCACCUUUUUCUGAACUAAAGGAUUGUGACAGAUUUCUGUCUGCUUACUAGCAGCAGUUCAGAAAGCAUUUCCCAUUUUGGUUGUUCCAUCCCAACUGAGGAAAUAGCUUAACCUUUCUUUGUCUGCUUGUUCCCAAGGGUCGAGUGCUGCUCAAAUGAGAACAGUGAGCUUCGCAAGAAGGUAGAAGUUCUGGAGAACACAAACAGGUGAGUUAUAAAGCACUCUGGUCCGUAGCUAAUACUUCUGCCGUGUUUUGGAGAGAAGCAGCUGGCUAUAUUGACUCGCCAAUUGCAUGAGCAAGAUUACAAGCUGGAAGUGGAAUAAGAACAAAAGACAAGCCCAUCUAGUUCACCAACCAGAUAGCUGUGGGAAACCCCUAGCAGGGCCUGUGUACAAUAGCACUGUCCCCUGCUUCAGUUCAGAAGCACAGAGCUCUCAGCAGGGAAGGUGCAACAUAGCCUUCAUGGCCAGCAGCCAUUUAUUCUUCAUGAAUUUGUUUAACCCCCUUUCAAAACCAUCCAAGUUGUUUCCCGCCACUAUACCUAGCAGCAGUGAGUUCCACAAAUUUGUGCCGUCUUAAAGAAGCAUUUCCUUUUGUCUGAGCUAAAUCCUCUAGCAUUAAGCUUCAUUGAAACGGCUCUCAGUUCUAGUAUCGUGAGAAAGGGGAAAACACUUCUCUUUACCUGCUUUCUCCAUACCAUGCAAAAUGUUAUACAACUCUGUCAUAUCAGGCCCUCGGCCACAGUGGGGGAUGAGACGUGCCCAGUUAAUCUCUGUGAUUUCCAGAAACUGAUACUCAGAGGUGUACAGCCUCUGAAAGUGGAAUCAGAACUUCAUGGGAGGAUAAGAAGUUAGAAAUUUGUUGAGUGAGGACGAGGGUAUCAGUGGCUCCUUGCCAUGGUUAACUAAUACACCAAACUCUCUAGUUCAGAAAUAUGGUUUGUGUGUUUGUGUGUUAAACAUAUGGACACAUUGCUACCAAUUAUAUGGCAAUUUGGGCAAUACCGUCUACACCUGCAGCUGGCAAGUGGCCAGUUGCAUAUCAAGGCACUGACAGUAAGAAAGGAACGUGGUGUCAGGACUGAGCAAAUCCCAUUAAUAACGUCUCUUCUCUUGCUGGAUCAUGCACCUGGGCUCUGCCAGCUUCCUGCACUGUGACGGACUAGGGCAGUGAAUCUGACAUACAUAUUUUUUGAAAAACCACCCAGAUAAAGGAAUGCACUCAUGCAUUUGUUGGACGAUAUCGCUGGAGUGUGUGCCUGCAUCUGGGAGCGGAUUAUCUCUUUGAGGAUAAAGACCCAGAAGUGGUUUCCAAGUCUGACUGACACUUGGUGUGUGUUGCUAAUUGGAUAGCAAGUGUUCCGAAUCUCUGGAUCUCAUACCGCGGAGGCAGCCUUGGAGUUUAGAAAGCGUCUCCCACACACGGCUUUUGUGCUCUUGAAGGCAGAACGGCAUGUUGCCAUAACAAACUCAGCUCCUCUUACCCAAGUUCAAGAUUAUGGUAUGGGGACAGAAGAGGCAUUUGUAACGCCUUGCAGAUUGUAGGCUUACGGGUGGGUGUGCUUAACCAUUCUUGCACCCAUUGCAAAGCACCUUGCAAAGCACCGUCCUUUUUGUCUGUUUCCCCCUAUGCUGAACCUUUUUGUUUGUGCAACCUGUCUGGGACAGGAGAACAAUUAAAAAUGGCCUAGAUGACUGGGGAGAAGGAUCAAGCACUAUCUUCCUGCUGGUUAAAGUAAAGGUAAAGGGACCCCUGACCAUUAGGUCCAGUCGUGACCGACUCUGGGGUUGCGGCAGUCAUAUUGGCCGAGGGAGCCGGCGUACAGCUUCUGGGUCAUGUUGCCAGCAUGACUAAGCCGCUUCUGGCGAACCAGAGCAGCGCACGGAAACGCCGUUUACCUUCCCACUGGAGUGGUACCUAUUUAUCUACUUGCACUUGACGUGUUUUCAAACUGCUAGGUUGGCAGGAGCAGGGACUGAGCAACGGGAGCUCACCCCGUCGUGGGGAUUCGAACUGCCGACCUUCUGAUUGGCAAGCCCUAGGCUCUGCGGUUUAACCCACAGCGCCACCCGCGUCCCUUACCUGCUGGUUAAGAGGCGCCAUAUUACAACAGUAUUGUAUGCCGACAGGUUCAAUUCAUGUCACCUCUAGCUAAGAAUGGAUCAGCUGGUGAUGCAGAAGAACCCCAGCCUGAGUCCCUACAGAGCCCCUGUCAGCCAGAAAAGGCAAAGCUGGGCUAGACAGACGAGUAUAGUGUGCCCUGAUAGACGAAGGCAGCUUCUUGUGUUUCUCAGCUGUAGCUCAGGGUUGAAGAACCUGUGGUCCUCUAGAUGAUUUGGAUUUGGACUUCCAUUGGCCCCAGCCAGCAUGGUUAAGGAUGAUGGAAUCAAUAGUCUAGCAAAGUCUGCAAGGCUACAGGUUUCCCACUCUUGCUAUAUAGCUGAUAGUGCUCCCUUGAAAAACAUGUUGAAAGGCAUUGAGCCUUCACAUUCCUCAUCUGUAUUGAGAAGGUAUGGUCUUGUUUGGGUUUCUAAGCAAUAUUUUGACCGUACUACAGUAGUUUUGAAUUUGGUUGGAUAAAGAUAAUGAAUAAAGGCCGUAUUUAACAAACCCACCACGCUAGCAAAAGUCAGUGCAAGGAGUGGAAUGGGAAUUCGUCCACCAGUGUGUGUUCUGCACAGUCCCCAAAUUUGCUCUUGAGGGUUGAAAAACCCCCAAAAGAGAUUUAGGGAACAACACACCGGGGGGGGGGGAGGUUCCAUUGUGCAAGGAAAAUCAUUGCACUGAUACAACCUUGACCUUAGCACUGGGUUGAAUGCAAGCCAUUAUCUUUUGUGGAUUUAAGUUGAGAAUAAACUUCCCUUCCUCCAGUUUUUGCAAAAGGGGACUUUAUUGAGGCAUUGUAAUUUGUUGAUUUGCUUACACUGAACAGAUUAAUCAUUAGUAAAAAGAUAGGUGAUAUUUUUUAUUUUACUGACUGGCUGUCCUAAUAUAUUUAAAUUUAAUUUUUGGAUUGGAGUUUGCUGGUUCAGAUGUCUUGCAAGUGAACCAUCCUUCAGCUCCAUUUGCAUUAAAAUAGCAUAAAGAUGCUCUUGAGAUUUUUACCAUCUUUGGUCAACUGAGAUACGCUUAUCUAUUUUCAUCCCCAGUCUCAUCAGUGUUUGACAAUAUGUUACAUGUUAAAAUCUGCAAAAAUCUGUACUCUUCUAGCAAUGGCAGCAUCCAAUAUAAGUGACUUGGUUUGUUCUGCAGUGUUUUUGGUCCUUUCUGUGUGCAAACAAUUGAUUGGCCAAGAAUGCACGCAGCCCUCCAUCCAAAAAGAAAUUUAGCUACUCCUGCUCUCCAUUUGGCAUUGGCAUUUGAUACACUUGGGAUUGCUGCAGAUGUGCAUGGCUGGGCAAACAGCCCAGCAGGGGUCUUUCUUUUGCAAAUGUGUUGGUGUCAAGUCCUUUUGAAGGGGCCGUUGCUGGGAUGCUGCACAUUUUGGCGGAAUGAAAUUGAUCUGAUACAUUUUCCAGCGUUCCUAUUAAACAGAUUGCCUCUUAAGAUUAUGGCUUUGAGACUUAAUUGGACAUUUCCUUGUUGAUGUGCCAGUGUCCUUUUUCUGGUUGUUAACUAAAUUUAAUAGUAAGCCUGCCUUUUAAAGGGUCUCUCUGGGUAUGUAAAGGGGGCUUCAGAAACCAAGUUGUAGAAAUGCCAUAAUUGACUUGUGUACAGUGGUACCUUGGUUCUCGAAUGGCUUAGUUGCCGAACAAAUCGGCUCCCGAACGCCGCAAGCCCGGAAGUAAGUGUUCUGGUUUGUGAAUGUUUUUCGGAAGCCGAACGUCCAACGCAGCUUCUGCUUGAGUACAGGAAGUUCCUGCAGCCAAUCAGAAGCCACGCCUUGGUUUUCUAACGGUUUCAGGAGUCAAACGGACUUCCGGAAUGGAUUAGGUUCAAGAACCAAGGUACAACUGUACAGUUAUUUAUUUACAGGGCAGUGACAGAAACAACAACAACAACAACCCACCAAAAAUUCUUAGUUUUCUGCUUUCCCAGAAAACACAUGAUUGAUAUUUUAAAUGAACUUCCGGGGUGGCGCCUCUGGAAAAUGGCGGAAUUCCCUUCGAACUGAAGGGAACCCGCUGCACGGAGGCUUGGGUCCUGCCGCUACGGCGCAGCGGGGACCCUUAAAAACCACAGGCGGAAGAAGCCUGUGGACGUGGGACUCGGCGGGCACCGAGAGCGCUCUCUCCCCUUGUACCGGAGCCCGUUACCGGGCUCGGGUGUGGGUGGUGCGUGGGGCGGUGCGUCGUCUGCUUCCUCCGUGCAUCAAAGCCGCACUGCCGUUUCGAGAGCGCUGCCUUUUCCUGGACAAUUUGGCAUCUAAAACAUUAUCCGUGAGUACCUGAUCCUGGAAGAGCUGAACUACUUUUAAGAUUGGUGAAUAAAUAAAUAACAUUGGACUUGAACUUGAAAUUGAAUUUAAUUGGGACUCGGAACGGAAAGGUCUAAACAGGAAGUCGCCUUCCGUUCUUUUGUUACGUGAAGAAAGCAAAGACAAAUUAUACUAAAGCUUGAAAAUUAAAUUCUGAGAGAACUAAAAUUCAACAUCUAAGAUUUCUGAACCCCCCUUUGACUGCAGGAGAAGAAGGGGGGUUGUUUUGGUUUUUUCAACCCUGCGGAAGUGAGUUUAAAACAAAGUAAUUUUCCACCGCCCUGAACCAGGAGCGGGCUGUCAGAACUGACGUUUUGAAGCUUAUCCAGCUCGACAGAUAGUUAAAAGAAGGGUAACAUUUUGAUUCUACUGUUGCCUCUUGAAUUUGGAAGGGGGAAUUUUGGAUAAAGUGUUUCUGGAAAAAGAAAGAUUGUUGCUGUUGUUUUUCCCCCUCUUAAAAAAAUUAAAAAAAAAAAGGGGGGGUUUUCCAUCUAGUGGAACUGAGUGAAAUUGCAAUGCAGAGAGUUUAAAAGAGAAGGACUAUUCUCGUGGGAAAGAAUUUUCUUUGACCUUGAAGGACAAUGCUUGUACAAAGGCUUGAACAAGUGUUCCUGGAAGGUUUUGCAAAAUUAAGUGCCCAGCUGGACCAGAUGCGUCAGGAGCUGACCUUGAUGAUGGAAGUUACCAGAGCACAGCAGCAAACAAAUGAAAUUCAGUUAAAGUCUAUACAAGUAUAUGAACCUGCUGUAGCGACGGAGGCUUCAGAGAUGGAGGGACCUUUGGAUGGGCAAGAUCAGCCUUUGAACCUGAUAAAUGAACUUGGGACAAACCUGAUUCGGAAAGAUGAAAUGUGGUCAGAUUUGAAAAUGGGGGGAUGGAUUGACACCCCUCUAUAUGGUUAUUUGGACUUUCCGAGUCUAGUGAUGGGCCAUCAGAGGAUUGGAGUAGUCGAAGUCUCCAAGCUUUGUGGAAAUUGGAAGUGGUAUCAUCUGCUGUCUGGCUUGGGUAAUGGGUUUGGGAUGGACUUGCUGCAAAGAGUCAAAAGCAUCUUUUUGCUGGAGUAUCCACGACUGAAAGGGAAUAUCAACAAGAGUGGCGAAAGGGGCAAGAAAGAGACUUGAGGGCCUCGGAUACGAGACAACCAGGUUAAGGAGCCGGAUUAUUGAGGUUAAAAGGACUGACAAUCCGGGUCCAGGGGAGGAGGCUGGAAGCUGACUGGACUGAAUCUGACUUAUUAUUUUUUCUUUCUUAUUUUUUAAUAUUGGGAAUGUUUAUAAAUGUCUGAAGGAUGUUGAUUGAAAUUAUAUGGCUUAUGUAAGGAUUGGUAAAGGAUUUGUAAAAAGGUAAUGAUGUAAGAAUUUGCUAAAUAUUGAAUAUAAGCUUUGAGUUUUAAAGUUUUUAUAUGACAAGAGGGAAAAUAGAAUAAGGAAACGUAAUGAUAGAUUGUUAUGAAAAAACAGAAAGGAUUUGCUGUAAAAAUUAAAUACUAAGAAACAAGAGAGGGGAGGAGGAGGAAGUCUAGAAAGGAAGUUAAUGGAGAUCGUAAAGGAUUUUAUAUUUCUGUUUUUCUGUUUUUCUUUUUUUCUUUUCUGCGGCUGGGUUUUUUUCUUCUUUAAUAUUUGUAUUAUUUUUGUUUUUUUCUGUAUUUUCAAAUUUUUUUUUGGAAAUUUUUGUUGUUACUCUUUGAAAUCUUAAUAAAUAUCAAUUAUAAAAAAAAAAAAGAUAUUUUAAAUGAAACAUGAAGGUUUUAAAUCUCCCUGGUUUCUGCUGGCACUGUUUGAUAAACCUUCUGGUGAUUAGGUGUCUGUGCUGCAUGAACAUUGGUUUGGAAUGGGUGGGUAUUCAGCACUGAUUUAUCUGAAAUGGCUGCUUCCUUUAGAAUAGGGUGUGGAGAAACCAUUGACUUUGCCCAGUCCUUCAGCAUCAAAACACAGUGGAUGUAAAGAAGGCAGAAAAUCAAAAAGAUGGUGAUUGGAAGAGCUCUUCCGCCCUUUCCUUGUCAAUCAGCUGCCCUUCUCUUCCACAACAGGCUUUAGAAAGGCUUUUCCACUCUAGAGGUACCCUAAACACACCACUUCUGCUACCAUGGUUGAUUAUGACCAUUUCCUUCCUUUCCUUCUAUGGAUGGGCUAGUAGCUUGAGUUAUCCCAUUUAUCCACACAACAUCCCUCUUAAGCUAGGCCAAGAAUAACUGGCCAAAGGCCAGCCAGUGAACUUCUGAACCUGGGUCACGUCAGUUGUGAUCAUGAAUUCUCUCCUGCAGGCUACACUCCUCUGGUUUGUUGACUGUCAGUCUUUGGAGCGGGGGCUGUCUGUAGUCUUCACUUUGCACCUCAUGGCCAACACACCCUUGGGGCACAAUGAAAAAAAUAAAGCUAAAUGGAAGGCAGGAGGCAAAGCUGUGAAAUGGCUGAGCCCUCAUUGGCCAGGGAAGUGCAAAUGUGUGUGUGAGCGCACACACACUGCUUAGGAGAAGGCAGUUCUUUGAAUUGCACCCCCUAAGUGUGUCAGGCAAAGAUCGCCAUUUCUUUCAGCAUCAGAGUUCCUGUUUUAUGCUCUCACCUUUUUCUCCUCCCCCCACCCACUUCUUUGAGCUAUGCAUGUACUUGCUUAACCAAAACAGUUGUGAAUUUUAGUAAGAUGCACUGCUGGGGCCUCUUAGUGUAUCAUCUACUCUCCACCCCCCCUCUAACUUCUUAAAUGGCUUUUUCUCACUUAGCCUACCCCUUCCAUUUUCAGUAGAUAGCUGCCAAAAUGAAUUGUUUUCAGUAAACUGAAGAAUGUCUUUUCUCUGCAGAUGAGCAAGGCUUUUGACUUUGAUUUAUUCCCCUAGCACCACAUUUUAUAUCCAAAUGAAGUGUUCAAGUUUGAAAGAAGUUUUAUCCUGAGUUGUAAAGUAGCCAUGACCCGGCGCAUGAGCUGCUCAUCUCAGUUUCUUGUUAUUCCUUUGGUCCUUCGCCUCUCAUGCCACCUGAUCCUUUCUAACCUGGAGAUGCUAAACCUGGAAUCUCCUGCAUUCAAAGCACAUGCUUCAGCAGUGAGCUAUGCCUCUGAAUACCAGUUCCUGGGAAUCACAGGUGCGGAGAGAGUUGUUGUGCUCAAGUCCUGUUUUAAAAGGCUUCCCACAGGCAUCUGGUUGGCCACUGUGAGAACAGGAUGCUGCCCUAAAUGUGCUAUUGGCCUGAUCUUAUGUUCCUAUUCAGCACAGUGCACAUAGGAAGCUGACUUAAGUUGAAUUAGAGCUGUGUAGACUGGGUCUAGCCCAGUACUGUUGACACCAGCUCUCCAGGCUCUCCCAACCCUGCUUACAGGGUCUCCACUUUUGGGCUGGUCUGGAAAACUGGGAAUGAUUUGUGGUCUCCACUGAUCAUCCUGCCAUACCACCACCACAGUCCUCUUGGGAAAGGCCAGAGUCUCACCUCUGACUGCCCUGAGCUUUGGAGGCAAAGUCAGAAGAGAUUCUGUCUCUUUCCCCAAGAGUCAGGCCUGGCUGAGAGGGGGAAUUGGCAUCGGGUGAUGCUAGAUGACGGAUGGGAUACUUGCCAGAGGGCAGAAAGAGCGAUCCCUGCGGCGAACACGGCAAGCGUAUUUGUGGAGCCUUUUCUCCUCUGCUUUCAAUUACAUGGUGGCAGCUUCCCAUCUCCAAGGGGUUUCUGCAACUCAAGCAUAUCACAGUGUGCAACAGAGCCCUAAUUCUGGCUUCUAUAUAAAGAGAAAAGCUGCUUCAGAGGAAUGUUGAGCAGAGAUGUGUCAGGGUCUCUUGUCCCCUUCUCCAGCCAGCAAUUUGCCAGUCCUAACAAAGUACAUAAAGGUUCCCUGACUAUUAGGUCCAGUCAUGACCGACUCUGGGGUUGUGGCACUCAUCUCACUUUACUGGCCAAGGGAGCAGGCGUACAGCUUCCGGGUCAUGUGGCCAGCAUGACUAAGCCACUUCUGGCGAACCAGAGCAGCACAUGGAAAUGCCGUUUACCUUCCCGCCGGAGUGGUAACUAUUUAUCUACUUGCACUUUGAUGUGCUUUCGAACUGCUAGAUUGGCAGGAGCAGGGACGGAGCAAUGGGAGCUCACCCCGUGGCGGGGAUUCGAACCGCCAACCUUCUGAUCAGCAAGUCCUAGGCUCUGUGGUUUAACCCACAGCGCCACCCGCGUCCCUAACAAAGUACAUGAGAUCAGGCCAAUGACCCAUCAAGUCCAGCAUUCUGUUCUCACAGUGGCCAACCAGAUGCCUGUGGGAAACCCAUAAGCAGGACCUGAGAACAGGGGCACUCCCCCCUCCUGCAGUUUCCAGCAACAUCCUGCCCACAUGGGCUUCAAAACAGAGAGAGGGAUGCUUGCAUAAGAAAGGUGUAAGCAGGAGUGAUUCGGUUCUGUGAAAUGGCAGCUAGGGAAUGGAUUCAGCACUGCAUUCCCUCACUACUUUUCUGCUCAAAGUAUGCUCUCGUUUCAUUCAGAAAAGACACAUAAAUUUUACAAAAUAGGAGGCUGCAGGUGAGCAGAUUUUUUUUUAGGGCAGGGGUUAUUAAUAAUAUUAAGAAAGUUCUGGUCCACAUAGAUCUCUGGUGGGAGCAUUGGGAGUCCUAAUUUAAGCCUGAACAUCUAGAGCCCUUGAAUUCAUUCAGACCCUAAUUAGAGAGGUGCUUGUUGUUGUUGGGUUUUUUUAAGGCAAUUUUACAUCUGGCUAUAAAGGCACCUCUGGGGAUGUAUUUUGUAACUUGAGCAUGUAAAGAAAGAUUGGACUGAAGUGUGUAGAAGAGGGUUGGGGAAUGUGUGCGGUUGGACUCCCAAUUCCCAUCAGCCCCAAGCAACAUGGCCAAUUCUUAAGGGAUAAUUCAGUGACCUCUAUACCACAUCCAUGGUGUAGAAUAUAAUUCAUGCACCUUGAAAAGAUGUAUGUUUGUUUUUCUUGUGAGUGAAACUAUAGGGCCCUAGGCUGCCAGAUAAAGUGUGCAGUUGUUGUUGUUUUUUUACUUUUUUAAUUGGUUUGUUGUGGCAGGUCAACAGAGAGCUUUAGCCUACUCGUAAUUGCUCAAACCCAAAUUGCUGGCACACGCUUAAAUCCCUCUCACAGAAGAGUGACAGUCUGGAGACACCCAGAGACAGUUGAGGACAGGGGGUGGGGGCCUGUGGCCCUCCAUAUGCUGCUGACCUACAACUCCCAUGAGCCCCAGUCAAUGUAGCCAGUGGUCGAGGAUGAUGGGAGUUGUAGUUAAGCAACAUCUGGAGGGCCAUAGGUUUUCCACACCUGCCCUAGGUCAACAAAUCUUCUUUAAAUAAGAAUCUGACUUUUGCAGGUAGGAAAGUGAUGGGGAAAUCCCCUGAGAAGUGUGAAUGAUUAAUGGGGAGGUUUCAUGAUUAACGGUUUUCAAAGGCAUCAGGUUGGCCACUGUGGGAACACGAUGCUGUGGGCCAUAGGCCUGAUCCAGCAGGCUCCUCCUACGUUCUUACAAACACCCUGCGACCAGAUCAGGAUGGAUCUUCCUUCUCUUACAACCUAAUCCCAAACUAAUCGGGCAGGAUGCAUGCUCAAGAAAGGUCAGACAUAGUUUAACCUCCAUGUAAGCUUUGUGCAAGGUAGUAGGAAUGAAUGCUCAGUGAACAGGUUGUCUGGAGAAGCCCUCUGCUCUGUACAGGUUCAACCGAUCUAGCGCCCCAGAAGAAGAAACAGUCCUCUAGGUGUUCUGGGUGUGUGCCUCUUCAUUGGCAGGCUCAACAAAUCUUGAAGCGUUGUAUGAAUAUGACAAAGGGCAAAGAAUAAGAGUGGUGCAUGAAAUGCAGAAUCCCAGACCAACACAUGUUGAUUUCUGCCACUCUCCAUCUUUCAGAACACUCCUGCAGCAACUGCAGAGGCUCCAAGCCAUGGUGGCUGGCAAAGUGUCUCGCUCGUGCAAAGCUGCCGGCACGCAAACGGGGACCUGCCUCAUGGUGAGUCCUGCCUAUUCCUUUUCUCCUUAGGCCCCUCCCUGGGCCAUCGAUGGGUCACACAUUGUUUAGCAGGAACUGCAUCAUGGUGGGGCACAGGGGCAGGGAACCUUUUUCAGCCCAGGGGCCACAUGCCAGCGGUGGGCUAUGCUAAAGAGGGAAGCGCGUAGAGCAACAAAUGCAAUUUUUUAACUUUUGCACAGUGGGCUAGCCCCAAAAUAACCAUCUCAGAUCUCCUGUAUGCCUUUAUUUCUCCCCAAUAUGACAUGUUCUGCCUAACAUAAAAAAAACCCUGCACUUCUCAUCUCAAGCUAAAAAGUGCUUCUUCCUGAUGUGCUAGCUUUCUUUGGCCAGUGAGCAUUCAACCAUGCAAUUCCCUCGGCAGCAUUGCAAAGUCAUAUGGUCCCCAGAGAGCUGUGUCGUUUGCUUCUAGGCUGGCUUUAUUUGGCAGGCGAAAACUGAAAUGUGCUUCUCUCCCCCUGUCCUUGCUGUAUGAAUCCAACAGGGGCAAUUUGGUGUUGUUUUUGUUUUUUAAGCAGCUGUCCCUGCAUCUACCAGUCAAGCCCCCACUUUGAGCUCCUAUUAAUUCUCCCCUUCCUGCCUGAGCUUUCCCUCUUCCAACAUGUCCUGUCAGGCUGCUUUUUAAACUCACGGUUGUGUGUGCCUGUUGAGUUGCGAGGAGCCUGGGAAGUGCCCACUGUGAUGUUAUGAAACAACAUUGAAAUUCAUGUCACAGCCUAGUCUAGCCAAGAUGGAUUUCCUACCUUUUUGAGUUUUGUGAGUAAGUAGCUCUGCUGAGCGGAAUGGCUGCAGAGCUUCCAGCAUUGCCAUACUAAUGUGGAACGUCUCUCCUUCUGAGGAGCUGAAUCUGGAUUGCAUCUGCGCUCCUAGUUUCAAGCAUCCUGUCUCAUGAUUAAUGCAGCCUGGGGAAGGAAAUCACCUCUGAACCACAUAUCAUUUUCUUUGUUUUGAUAUUGCUCUGUAUUUGAUGUUUGAGCUGUAAGACUUUAUUUCUGUUCGUUGGCUCAAGUAUAACUGAGUCUCUGUGUCUUUCUUCCAACCUCCCUCCCCCCGCCAGGUGGUAGUUUUAUGCUUCGCAAUAAUUUUUGGCAGCUUCUCCCAAAGUUACGGUCCCACGUCCUCCAUCACAAAGGCAGUGCUACCACCCCAGCAUUCCAUGCCAGAGUCAUAUACAGCCUCUAUAGGUGAGUGAGCAUCUCUCUCGUGGUUCUGCAGUUAUUCAGUUUCCAAAAGGAGAGGGAGCUACGAUUUGCCUCUGCCCUAAGGAGCUAGAUCUGACAUAAGGGGAUUUGCAUUGCAUUUUGUGCCCAAAAUGGUUUCUGUUCUUCAUCCCCUCUCCCUCCUACCUCUUUCUGUACAGUGAGGUCAAGGAGUCUUCUGACUUAUGAGGGGCCUCCUCACCCGCUGGAGGAACAGCACUUCUCAGAUCGCAGCAACAGCUGGGACAGGCACCUGGAGGCCUCCAAGCACUCAGCUCUGCCUUCGGAAUCUGUGUCCAGGUCACCGCAUGACCAAGUCACAGAGAUCAUGAUAGCCAAUGAAACGAGGCUAGAGAAGUCAUUGCUGGUAGAGUUCCAGCAGCACAGGUGAGUGGAGGGCAUGGGCUGGUUGAACACAGAGCAAUGGUGGGAGGAACCAGCUAAGGAACUUCCACAGGAAGAAGUCUUAGAGCCCGGGGAGUGGUUAUAGUACCAGAAUGAGUGGUCAGGGGGAGGAGACUGGGAAGAGGAGGUGUCGGAAGCUGAAGAGGUAGCAGGGUUUAAUGAGCAGGAAGAGUUUCUGGCAGGGAAUAAGGAUAAGAGGCAGAAGUGGAAGCUGGAGAGGAGGUAGGCCAAGAGGCAGAAACAAAUCAGGCUGGUGCAAAGUCAUGGGUGUCUCUCCCUUCUGCUGCCACAAGCUGCCCUCCACCCCCCAUCUCCCAGAACCAGAAGAGGGCUGAAAUGGGCAGAGCAGCGUCAGGCUUCAUGCAGGCGCAGUCUCUGAUUCCUUGGGGAAAGCUCUGGAGAGGAGGGGAUCUAGAUGGCUGUGAGGAAGCAAGGACUGUCAGUCUCAGCAACUGAUUUCAUGGAGGAAGACCACCAGUGCUUAUUAGGCCUGAUCCUCAGCCAAGUCUGUGGAAAUUGUGUUUUUGCUAAUAAGGAGUAAACUCCAACUUUGAAUCGUGUGAUUACUGCUUCUAUGUCAGUGGAUGAGGGUGUGGGGAGGACAGGACCCACAACUCCCAAAGCCCCCAUUUUAACCUUUUACUGUUCUGGAUGAGUUCUCAAAAGCUUAUUGCAGAAUUUGCCUCAUACCAAGUCAGACCAUUUAACUCAGUAUUCCCUAUGCUGACUGGCAGAAACACUCCUGAAUUUCAGACAUGAAGUCUUUCCUGGAGGUGCCAGGGAUUGAACCUGGGACCUUCUGCAUGCAAAGCAGAUGUUCUACGACUGAGCCACAGCCUUUGCCCAGGUGAUGCCUGCUGAAUGGGCUUUAGUUAAUCAGAGGGUAGAUUUCAUCUGAACACGAGAAGAAACUUCUUAAGGGUAAACACUGUUCAGCAAUGGAAAGGCAUGGUGGGGUCCCCUUGCAGAGGCUGGACAGUCAUCUGUUGGGAAUGUCCUGGCUGUGGCUUUCUUGUACUGAGUAGGAGCUGGGCUGGAUUGGGGUAGCCAACAUAGAGCUCUCUCCAGAUGUUGUUGGACUCCAGCUCUCAUCAGCUCCCACAGGAAUGGUUAAUGGCCAGGGAUGGUGGCAGCUGUGGUCCAGCAACUUUUGGAGAACAUCGGGUGGCUACCUCCAUUUUCAAUGAUGUAUUCACAAUUGCAGGCAUCGCUUAGGAGAAGAUGGGCUCUUUCCUUUUCUCUUGUGCAGGUGGGAAUAGUAGAGAUGGCACUGGUAUUAAAAAUGAUGCAUUAAAAAUAGUUGUGCAUAUAUAUAUAAUGAAAAACACUGCCUGAUUAAUUGGAGAUGCCUUUUCCAUUUUUCGGGGAUUCAUCUAACCAAGUAAAUGACUGAGCGUUGCAGCCCCGGAUCGUGCGGCAUUCUUUGCAUUCAGAAGGUCCCAGGUGCCAGAUCUUGGCAUCUCCAGUUCAAAAUGGUUUCAGGGAGCGAGGCUGGCAGGAAGGCUGCCACAGAUCUUUCUGCUGUGCAGCAGAGCACAUGCUUGCAUUGUGUAAAUUGCCACGGCUGCUGAUAAGAGCAAUGGAAAAAGUAGCCUGCACUGCGAUUUUGGUUGCCGUUUUGUAGUACAGUGGUUGCAAACAAGAACUAUUUCGGAGGCCCGUUCGCAACAUGAAAAGAGCGCAACCUACAGCGGCACGUCUGUGCAUGCGUGGAUUGCGAUUCGCUGCUUCUGCACAUGCGCACGACGUCAUUUUGUGCUUCUGCGCAUGUGCGAGCGGCGAAACCCAGAAGUAACCCCUUCCAGUAUUUCCGGGUUGCUGUGGGACAUAACCUGAAAGAACAUAACAUGUGGUAUGACUGUACUGCCACUUCUUUUCCUACCUUUGCUUUACAGAGUCAACUCAGAGCUGGAUACAAACGAAACUCUGAAGAUUGUCGAAAUUGACAGAAGAGUUAAUGCUACAUCUUGAGAUGAAAAUAAAAAAGGGGAUUCCCUCCCACCCUUUCUCUUUCUUCCAACCAAAGGUCUGAGGAACUUGUCUCUGUCAGUAAAUCCAGAGGCCAUGAGGAAAGUGCCCGGCUGAUUUUCUGCACUGGAUUGGGAAGAAGUGGCUUUGUUCUCUGUAGUCCAUGUUCUUUUCUCCCCUCCUCUCCCCCCCCCGCCUCUGACUCACACUACUCAGUUUGCCUUUCUGCUUCUACAACCAAGGGGAAGAAUGGAAGGAGAGCUUGUUGGAAGAUGUUGGGAGUAGGCAUGCCUCUGAGUGGAGGUGCAGAAGGGGUAACUUAAGCAGUCCUCACCAUCACCGCAAAAAUGACUAGAUGCCUUCUUUCGGGUCUCUUAAAGGGUAACAAAAUGUGCAAAAGUGGUUAUAGAGGGUUUUCUGAAUUCAUCCAAGAUCAGCCUCCCCUGAUUAGGUGACUCUUAACACCAUCAUUUUAUUCCUUUAUGAGAGCCAGUGUGGUGUAGUGAUUAAGAGCGGUGGACUCGUAAUCUGGUGAACUGGGUUCGCAUCCCAGCUCCUCCACAUGCAGCUGCUGGGUGACCUUGGGCCAGUCACACUUCUCUGAAGUUUCUCAGCCCCACUCACCUCACAGAGUGUUUGUUGUGGGGGAGGAAGGGAAAGGAGAAUGUUAGGCGCUUUGAGACUCCUUUGGGUAGUGAUAAAGCGGGAUAUCAAAUCCAAACUCUUCAAAUCCUUUUUACAGGGAAAUGUCACCAUGGGGUGGCAAACAUGUCUCUUACACUUCCCUGAUAAUUUGUCCUGGACCAUUUCUGCUUCCCCUGCCCCCGUUGUGCAAUAGAAAUGCAACCACAAGGAAGGCACUUCCUUUUGAUUUUUUACCUUAGUGGUGAAAAUGGGCAGGAAUUGAUAGGUUAACAGAGGUCUGACAAAAAUUUAUGAUGCUUGUUCUCGAAAACUUCCAAUUGUGUUCGUCACUGAGAACUAAGCUAUAUGUGAGGAAUAGGAUCUUUUCCCCCAAUGCAAGCUCUAAGUGUGGGAUCCCUCAUGCAACAUUGGUGCAUGUGCUAGGUUGAGUCUUCUACCCUAACCAGUUGCAGUUCUAUAUUCUCUUAUCUAGGAGCGAGCUUCAUUAAACUCAGUGGAACUUACUUGUGUGUAGACAUCUAUAGGAUCGCACUGUCUCAAAUCUUGUAGCCAGCAUUGCCUUAAAUCUUUUUCCUCCCUCCACGAGGACUACAAACUUGUCCCUUCCUAUAAAAUGAGGGCAAAAUUGAUAGGAAUCGGUCAGAUCCACAUGUUUCCAUGUCUUGUAGCCUGGUCAUGCAAUAACUCAUUUUCUUGAUGUUACCUUAUUAACCAAAGACACUCAUGUUCAGUAGCAAAAGCUACAUUGCCUUCAUUUCCCCUUACAGCAUUUUCCAUUCCCGUCUAUGGGCGUGUACCAAUUGUAUGCUGGAAAUACAAAGCAGUCACUGAUUCCUUUGCUGCAUCUGUCUUCAUGAAGAAAACAGACAAAAUUCGGUUAGUCUCUUUCUUGUCUGGUCUGCAUGAGAACAUGGAGCCAGCCUGAACCAAAUCUGCUUGGAGAAACCAAUUUGUACCAGUUUCUCAUACAGGCGAGAGGUCCCCAGGCGACUCGGAUUCCUCUGCCAUCCCUGCCCCCCUGUUGUAAAUAGUAUUUAUUAGUUGCCCCAUGAUAUCAGCUGGCAGCCGGAAUGACAAGCAAAGGACGUGAAAUCCCUCAAAUGCUCUGGGUGACUUUUGAAAAAAAUUCUAUAACUUGUGUUAGGCCCCUGACAUUCAACUUAAAAAUUGAUGCAGUGCAAUGGCCUCAUCCACUACCCUGGCCUCUUUGCAUCCUAUUGCAUUUUCUGUUCCAUUGUGCAUGCACUCACUUAAAGCAGACGUUGUGAUGAAAACCAGGAAAGGUUUAAAUCUCAUGUUCUACUUGUUCCCCGCUAUGGCAAGCUAAAAUGACCGCAACGUCCUCUCCUGAGUGCCAGGGGCCGAUUCUGUCUCCGGAAAAUUCAGUAAACAUCUGCCACCCACUUGUGAUGAGGAUUGUUGGCUACAUUUGUGUGUCACUUUCCAGACCAGUCACCAUCUUAAAUUAAUAUUGGAAGGAGUUGCAUAGAUGGAUAUCUUAACAGUGCAAAAGGUGUGCAGAACCUUUGGCUGCCAGAUUUUGCAGAACUACAACUCCGCAUCCUUGGCCAUUGGCCAUGCUUGCUGGGGCAGUUGGAAGCAACAGCCCUACACCUGCUGUAGAACAGUGGUUCCCCCACCCGCCAAGGGCCUCUGCUAAAAUUUUAGCUGCCUGUUUGGGUAAUUGAAUAUGAUGCCCUUGGCUGCUGUCCUGCAUGGUUUCUCAAGAACAGCUAUACAUGCAAAUGUUAAGCAGUGGUUAUUUCACACUGUGUAUUGAACUCCAUGACAUCAUCUGUCAUUGACCCCACAUACUUGUAGCAAUUAUACUUUUUUUUUUUUUUAAAGAAAGCUGAUGGGUGGGCUUAUAAAAGAAAGGGGCAUUAUUGUAAACUCUAUAUUUAUGGAAGUCACGCUUCGGUCAGUGACGCUUCUUAAUAUUGCAUAAUCAUUGACUAGGAUGUAGAUGGUGUGUUUUAUUUGUGUAUAUGCUUCGAUUCUGCGCUAGCUUUCCCUUUAUAUCUUCUAUUUUUACCGUGCAAUUUAAUGUUGAAGCAAAUGCUUCCGAGCCAGAUUUCAGCUGAUGCAAAUUGUUGGUUUUCCAUUUUACUCCAAACUGAAGAUGUGCUCCCCACCCCCUUCUUUAUUAUUCUUCAGCUAUUCUUAGCAACAUCGUCCAAUUCUUGAUGAUAAAUCUGGGUUAAAUGUCAGAUUUUUAAAUGCCUAAGUUCCCCUUUUAGGAAUUAUUCCAUCCGUGGGGUUUUCUUUUCUUAUCUUUUUGUUUGAACCUUCAAUUUUGAGGAGUGCAUGCUGUCUAGACGCUGUUUGGCUGUCAGUCAAGUGAGUGAGUAACAUUAAUUUGCCACAUCAGGAAGGAUAUCCACGAAGAACUUGGGAUCUCUCAUGUCACAAGUCCAUUGUGCAAACUCCCACCACUGCACACACAGCGUAAGACUCUGUAUAUUUAGCAUCCUUUUCCCCACUCGGUGACAAAAAUAAUUCUCCUCUAAUUGCUAAUUGGAAAGAGGCCAUUUUCCCCCUUGUAUUUUUGAAGGUGAAACAGUAGGCCACUGCUAUAGUGACUAAAGGGGGGGGGGAUUGUUUUUCAAAAGUUACAAAACAUAGGAAGCUGCCUUAUAUGGAGUCAGACAAUUGGUCCAAUUAGCUCAGUAUUGCCUUCACUGACAGGCAAUGACUCUCCAGGAUUUUGGGCAGGAGAUAGUCCCAACUCUACCUGGAGAUGCCAAGGAUUGAACCUCAGACCUGCUUGCAGACCAGAUGCUGUACCACUGAGAUGCAGCCCUUCCUUAAGUUCAUAUUUACUUACUAAUGGAGUUCUUCUGGAUGUCUUUGCAAGCAGGAGUUCAAAGCCAGGGCUUCUGGAUCCAAAUCUGAUUUCUUGCGAAAUGAAAAAAAGAAAAGAGAAAUCCACCAGAAACAAGGUCCUGUGAAAUUUGUGUUGAACGUCUUUUAAAAUAAAUGUAACUUAAAUUAAAAACCAGCAAUUUAUCUUAAAUUAUUUCAACAUGUUGACAGUUUUCACCAUCUACUUAGAUUUCUUCUUUCCUAAUAGUCCUCAAGACAACAAUAAUCUUAUGCCAUCAUAAAGAAUGUGGCUUAGUAGUUAACUAAGCCUUACUCAGAGUAGACACAUUGAAAUGAAUGGACUUAACUUAGUCAUGUUCGUUAUUUUCAACAGGCCUAUUCUGAGUAAAACUUAGUUGACUACCACCUUAACAAAUGUAUUAUGGUAUGUAGAGAGGAAAACUAAACAGUGAGGUCCAAGGGGAAUAAAAUGAAAGUGCAGACUGUAAUAAUUCAAUUAAGGCUUAAGUGCCUAUAGAAUUAGCACAGUGACCAUGCGCUACAGCAGCACAAUCACCCUUCCAUUGCUAAUUAUUCCACCUGAUGGAACACCAGCACUCUAGUCCUAUAUUGAAAAGUAACAAAAUCAUCUAUUUAGGAACGUAAGUCACAAUUUACAUCCUGGAUCACAUAAGUGAUACAAGUGUACAAUUUGUUCCCUUUGAUAUUUUUCUGUGCAAAAUUUACAGAUUCUACUUGCAUGUUUUAGUUGCUGUUUUGGCAAAAUGGGGAUCUCUGAUGCAGAGCUUUGCAGCUGGCUAGAAAUAUUCAAAUGACCACACUAGAAUUCACAGGUUUAGAUGUUCAAGUACAGUUUGCCACACAAGCACCCAGUCUUCUCUCUUGAGAAUGGUUCAAUGUGGUGAUAUAGGAGAGGUGAUCAUCUACUCUAGAAGUGUGCCUGUGUGGUCCUAUAAAUGUCAUUGGACUCCCAUCACCCACCGCCAACAUCAUCAGAGGUGAUUGGAUAUGCAGUUGAGCAUCUUCUGGAGGGGUCACAGGGUCUACACACAAAAUGGUUCACCUGUAAACUGGAAAACCUAUGGGUACCAUUCCCAUCUGGUUUUCAAGAAAUACCUGAGUUUGAGAAUGUAAGCAUUGUUCACAUUAACUAGUUCUCUGAGGAAAUGCUGAAAACUUGCACAGGACCCUGGGGAGGCAACUUUUAGAUGUACCCAGGACCUCUGGGGAACCACUUAUCUAUGAAGAGAAUCCCGUAAGACUGAGGGCUGGAUCUGAGCAACCCAACCACGUGGACAGGAGAGAUCCAGUGGGACGAUUCACACUAUCUACCUGCAGCUUCUAGCCAAAAUAGAUAGUUCCAUCCUGCAAUUAGAUAUGUCUAAAAGGUAUGGCCAUUGCAGAAAAUGCUGAAGCACAUUUUCAGGGUGCACACUUAGUUGACUUGGAGUGUUGACCAAAACUGAUGGGCUUCAAUAUAACCAUGAAUUUGGUGUGACCCACCUGUAUGCUGUUCUACGAUACUAGAUUUUAGGAGAAGAUCAGCGUGUGGGACAGGAAGGUGCCUCAUACCAGCUAAGUCUAUAUGUCUCUCUGGCUCAAUUUUGUGUUCACCAUUCUGGUGCUCUCCUGAUGUUUCAGGCAGUUGUAUGUGACUUCUUGGACACAGCACAAUCAUCUCCUCGCAGUGUCUUGGUUCACCACCCUAAACCACCUUGAUCACUGAGGAACCAGUGCUAAGUUUCUGGCAGAACCUCAGUUUUCCCAAGAGGGAAGGCACUUUAAAAUCCACCCUACUAAGGCAGAUGUUCUUAAAAAGAAAAGCUUGUCUCACUGGUCCUUCUUCCAGCCCCCUUCAAACAGGUGCCCUCCCAGUGCUGUUGGAUUAUCACUCACAUCAUCCCUAUUGGCUAAGCUAAACGGGGCUGCGGCAAUUGCCUCUAGAGGGCACAAGGUUGAGGAAACCAGCCUUAAUUCAUAACUUUCUUCCCCUUUCUCUGGUUUAAUGGCUUGCUCCACCAUUGUGUUUCCAAUUUUUGUAGGUAUCAAUAUAAGAGAAUAAGGAGGCAAUAAAGGAAUUAGCAGGGAACAGAGCGAAUGUGCAUCUCUCUUUUAAGUUUUAUUUACACACACCUGAACUUUAUGUUGUAGGAUUUUGGUACAGAGGUGAGUUUUUGAGCACUCAUCUGUGAUGUUGUAUAGGCAUGUUGGCAGAGCUGUCUGGUCAUAACUGGUGAGGACUAUUUCUGGUUCUAUAGUACUCAUGCACCACACAGGCAUAUUUGGUUUGAUUCAAUCAAAUGAUGAUAUAUCUUAAUUUUGUAGCAUUAGCCAUGAUGGGGACGUUCUUGUCUGUUAUGUAUGUAGAAACAUGUGCUACUUAUUUGAUGUCUAAUCCCCAAGAACAUUGGUGAUCUAUCUUCAGCAGUGUGUAUCUUGAUUUUCAGACUUGUAACAUUCAAGCAGCAUUUCCACCCUUUAUCUUGGGUGUCAUUCGUGUUGCCCUGUAUUCCAGUUCCAAAUGCCUUUUCAGGGCUGUAACUUAGAUGGCCUAGCACACAGACUGUUACAUUUCAGUUUUUGUGAUGUGCUGAGCAGCAGGCCCUAUUCUAAACUGCUAGAGGAGGUUCUGGUGAGAAUAGGAUUAUGGGUGCGAUGGGUUUCUCCAUGGAUUUCUGUUCAAAAUUUGGAUUCCCAGUGCAUUGCACCAGUGCCCAAAAACUGCUAGCAAACUCAGUGGAAUCUGGAAGUUUUCAAAGAACCUAGGCGCUGUGGCUGGGGGAGAGAAGGAGGUGCAGUCCUUGAGCUAGCCCCAAGCAUCUGCCCCAUAGGGUGGAUUUCUCCUCUGAACUUCAAAGAGUCUGUCUUCAUACAUCUCUAGAUUGAAAACCUGGAGGUGGUUUAUUAAAGGAGCACGACCAAUCAUGGCAGAUGAUCUUGAACGGGGCUUCCACCAAAGAAGAUACCACUUACCUCACAUUGCACCAUAAAUCUAAAUACAUUCAGCCAGAUUUAGUGCGCAUGGAAACUCAAAUUUACACAUGCAGAUCUCAUCCAAGCAAGGCAUUUCUCAUUGGCUUAAAUACCAGAAUGUGUUACGAGACGAUAUAGCUUAGAUUUAUUGCCUAACAUAAAAGUUGCUGUUCUGUAAGUUCCAUGCAUUCGGUUCCACAAAAUGCAGUGGGUCAAGGCAUAUAUUCACUGGGUGCAGGACUGCAACCACUCUAUGUAGCCAUAGAGGAGCCGCUACUGUUACACUAGGCCAUCUAAGUCAGCCUCCUUCUGCCCAAAUUUCUAGUACUCGUUCAGCUAUGUGAAUAGGCAAAUAUAGUUUUUUUUGCUAGUCUGCAUUUAAAUGGAAUUGUCUUUAUAAAAUAUGGGAAUUUAGGAAAAAGCAUGAGAAGAGUUCAGAAAGUUUGGGUAAAUUACAAUAAUAUCCCCCCUUUUUUUUA